UUGGUCGCUAAGCGCGCGAUGUCCGCAAGGAGAGGACGCGGUGACAGCUCGUGACGUCGUAAAGGAAGUGGCGCGAAAGCGGGCUCCAGGGUGAGUGGUGCGUGCCACGCUGGAACGCACGGCAAAAAGGGGAUGAUAAUAAUAGAGCAAUUCACACACUGCAUGGGAACUGCACGUGGAAGUUGCAAAGUUCACCUCUGUUUGAGCUCACUAUUACAGCAUGGUGUCACAUAUAUAUAUCAUUAGGCUGGCUGAGAUUCAUGUGGGUUGUAUUCUACAAAAAUGUUGAUUUAACAUUUGGCCACCCCUGAUAUAGGCUUUGAUAGUGAUAGGCAACCUUGGGUAUUACAGCAGUUAUGGACUUCAUUUCCUAUUAUCCCUAGGCAGCUUCUCCAUCAUGGGGAAUGUUGUCCAAAACAGCUGGUGUGGUUUACAUAUAACUAUAUAUAUAUAUAUAUAUAUAUAUAUAUAUAUAUUGUUGCUCAAUGUAUUGCUUUUUUUUCCUGCCACAGAACAUAUUGGUAAGACAAAACAUUUGACUACUUACUGUGACUUACUGUCAAGGCACUCCUGGUACCAUAACUAUUACAUAUUACAGUGGUCUGAAGUUUUUAUGUUGCUUGGACCAUUCCUUAACCCUCCCCCCCCCCCAAAGCAUACGGUGUGACAAAACUUGACAAAUGGCAGAGUUACUGCUGUCAAAUUUUGUCAAUCCCCGCCCUCCCUUACUUGUCACGAGUGAGGACUAUGAGGAAAAAAGUAGUGUCUAUAGAGGUACCCACUCAAUUAGUAGCAUUGGAAAGCUGUGAUCAUGUGCGCUCAUGACUUCAGCACAAGACUUCUCCAAUGACUGGCCUUUUCUCCAGCACAGACAUAAAGUCUGAGGGGUGGGCUUACAAACGCUGCAGACAUAAUUUUCAUUUUUUUUUAUUUUAUUUUUUAUGAUCAGCGGGUGCCACCAAGGAACACUCCACUGAUUUCUUUUUUAAUACAUAUUUAAUAGAUAUACACCUAAAGAAAACAUGCAGGAAAAAGUAAAUGUGUGUGAUCAUAAAAAAUAUGAAAAUGGGAAAAAAAAAAUAGCAUGUGGCCCAUAUUUUGCUCUAUGGAUAGGAAAGCCGCUUUUUAAUUCUCUUAACAGUAAUGGCAUCACGAUUUUAUCCUUCCACCACCAUAUGUAUGCAAAUCAGUCAUUGUUAAAGGAACACUAGUGUCGGGAAUACAAAUGUAUUCCUGACGCUAUAGUGCUGGUGUGGCUGUUUAGGCUACUGCCCCGCUCCGAUCAAGCUGAAAAGGUGAUUUAGUCACGUGUUUCCCAAGCUGUUCUGGUCUCACUGUGGCUGAUUCCGCCUCAAUGGCUGAGAUCACCAGUCUUGAUAAUCUCAGCCAAUCCAAUGAUUUCCCAUAGGAAAGCAUUGCGGCUAUUGCACAUGCACAACAAAACGCCACGCUGGCCAAUCAGCUUCUUCUCAUUGAGAUUUAUUGAAUCAAUACAUCUCUAUGGUGAUUGUUCAUGGAGACUCUGAAUGUUGGUGCUGCACAGUGGACUAGGAAGCACCACUAGUGGCCGUGUGAGUGACUGCCACUGGAGGUGUUGCUAGGCAGCAAUGAACAUUUUCUCUGAAAAGGCAGAAUAUACAUUGAAAUGCUUGGAGGGACAGUUCAUAGUCAUGAGAACCACUACAUUAAGCUCCAAUGGUUCUGGUGACUAUAGUGUCCUUUAAAGUUUCUGUAAUAUUUUUUUGUUUUUAGGGUUUCUUUUUGGAAUAUCAUCCUAUUACUUAACACAGGAUGACCAGUGAGCAACGGAAGCUGCCGCAGUGGAUGUCUGCCAAAGACAGAGAAAGCACAAGUGAUGGUACAAAGGCAAGUACAACUGUCCAGAUUACAAUUUAUUAAACAAUGUAUUCAGAUAAAUGAUUUUUGACAUUCUAGUUGCUAGGCAUUAAUUCUAAUAAGACAGGGUAUGUUGUUAGUUUGUAACACAGCAUAAGGCUUGUGAACAUUUGCCACUAGAUGAGGGGGGUGCAAACAAAUGUGGGUUUAUAUUGAACUACAGCUAAAAUGUUGUGCUCUGCGGGGCUAAGAAGAUUACAAACUACUAAAAGUUAUCACUGCAUCCCCAGGGUGUCCAUGGCACAUAUAGCAGGGCUGAAUUUUCACUGGCCACUGACUAAUAGAGAGUGGGAAAUUUGAGCCAUUCUGUAUUGGAUCGGAAUUGUUAUGUAGUGACGAUGGUAAUGUUUCUACGGCUUGGUAAGACAGAGGACGACUUGUGCAAAGCUGGACUGUGAAUACUUUGUGACUUAGCGUAAGUGGUAACCUUCUACGUGCAAUUGAAGCCUGCCACUUUUGAAACAGGUUUAAAUGGUACGCAUCAUUCAAGAUGUCAAAUCUCAUGUUGCCGGUUUUGAUUAAUACGUUUUCUGUGUUAUGGGUAUCUCUAAUGCUUGAAAAUGAAGAAGUUUAACUUUUCUGUUUAAUUUUUCUUUAAUUAGGCUUUCUUUAAGAAGAAUAUCUUGGAAGAUGACCUCCCGUUCUUUGAGUUUAAUGGUGCAAUAGUCUAUAGCUAUGAAUCAAAUGACUGCUCCCUGUUGUCAGAGCUUAUCAGGUUAGAAAUUACAUUAAUUAUUAUCUUGUGCAAUGUUAUAAUAAAAAAAACUACUAAAACCUUGCCAAAUUUCUGGCAUAGUCUAGUACGUUUUCAUCAAGACGCAAUACCGUGAUUGAAUAUCUGUUUUAUACUUGACUAUGUUUAGUUUGAAUGCAAUGAAUCUUCAGGUUUUUUUAUUUUUAUUAUUUGUAUUUAUUUUUCUUCAUUGUGGUUCUUUUCAUGCUCCAGAUCUGAGCUGUCCGAACGGGCCGUACUUGGUUUUGACAUUGAAUGGCCUGCUAUAUAUACGAAGGGAAAAAAUGGCAAAGUGGCCCUUGUUCAGGUGUGCGUGUCAGAAAGAAAAUGCUACUUGUUUCAUGUUUCCGCAAUGGCAGGUGAGGGCUAAUGUUAUGAACAGAAUUAUUGUCAAACAUUGCCUUGCAUGUUUUUACAUUCAGUUGUUAUGAUAUGAGUAGGUAACACGGUUUUGUGCUGUGUAUAGUUUCUGGGAAAAGGGCCCCACUUACUUGGAUUCUCAAGAUAAUUUGUUGUAACGGUCUUACCCCUCUCCCAACUGAUAUUAAGGCAUGGCUUCCUUGAGCUUCACGUAAUGUUUUACCUACCAAACAUGCAUAGAAAUGUUAGCUUGUUUGGUUUACAAAGUCUGUAUUUUUUUCCCCAUAUGCAACUGUGUGCAAAAGUUUGGGUACCCCUGACCAAAGAAAUUGAUCUAAUACAUUAAUACAUUAUUUGCAGAAAAAGUAAACCUUAACAUGCGAUCACACAAGUUAAAACUUGAGAUAUGGAACACAACACAUAGGUAAAUAAGGGACAUUUUGGAAAAAGUACAGUGGCACAGGAAAUAUUGUUACGGUAGAGGGAAGAAUGGAUUCUACUAAAUUAAUUCUUCUGUAUAGCAACUCAUCCAGAAGCUAAUGUCUGAUUGACAUUGAAGAAAUUGAAGGUGAAAUGAUCAUGGUGCAUGGGGUCUCUAUGAAAUUCUGCACCUACUGAGAUUAACCCUAUGCUGCUGGCAGUGUAACUCCACCUACGGCAGCGUCAUUAGACUGCCUUGAUUGAAGUUUCAUAGUAAAGAUAAAACAGAGUUGGGGGCACACCUGGGACAUGCAUUUUGCAGGAAUUGUGCCCCAAUAUCGUGGUGGGCUUAACAUAAUAUGGUCUGGUCAUAUGGUGGAUCUGAAUCCCCAUAUUUGUUUGCUGAGAUAAGUGAUUUUAAUGAGCCUUAUAAGAUUUAAAAAAACAUAUUUUUAUGUGUGCGCUGUAACUUAAUCUGAACAAAGUUUCAGGCUGGCUAAAGUCAAUUCUAUGCAAAACUGGCAUCUGAUAAAAGCGUGCAAAGUAUGAUUGUGCCAAACAUCCAGUAGUGGCACAGCCCCCCUCUCUCUAUGCUGCCCCGUUCUCUCCUCAGUCCGUCAUCUCUGACCUUCCUCCGGCAAGGGUUAAUGAUGUUAUCAGAGGAAAUUCUGGCUGAGGGAGAAUUUGGUGGUAAAGAAAAAGGUGUUUUUUUUUUUUUUUUCUUUUUUUUUUGGUGUGGCGCAGACCAAAUCUCCCAUGAAGUGUUUUGACUGUUAACUUUGUGGGAAGAUAUGAUAUCACAGACAUUGGUAUACUUUUUGGCAGGCUUCCCAAAGGGGCUGAAAAGACUGCUGGAAGAUACAUCAAUAAGUAAAGUUGGAGUAGGAAUCGAAGGCGAUCAGUGGAAGUUAAUGAGUGAUUGUGACCUAAAACUGAAGGGAUUCAUUGAACUUACAGACUUGGCCAAUGAAAAGGUAUAUAUUUUUCUUAUCCUUUUUCAUAAUUUUUGCUUGUAUAAUUUUAAGUUGUUUCGAUUUAUUUUGUCUAUAUAUGUGUGUAAUUCUACUAAGCUAAGUAGGAUACGUUUUUCUUUUUCACGAACUGUUCUAAGCUGUUGUGAUUAUGGUGCCAGAAGUGCCCUAGUGCCUCCCCGGUGUAAGGAGUCAAACUGUAUUUAAAUGGUUUGAAUUCUUACCAGGGGUCUGUCAGACACCGCUCCCCACCUCCAUUACCAACUACUUCUAAGCAGGAACUUCUGUUUGCUCUCCUGAGUUAGGCCCUUCAGUGAGUGCUUUAGCUUAUUGACUGAGAGUGUCAGCUGAUCACUGUGCAGGGCUUAGCUCUGGAGAGCUAACGAAAAUUAGGAGCUUCUGCCUCUCCGAUGUUAGUGAAGACGUGGAACGGCCCCCAGAGUACCCCAUGUAAAACAGUUUGACUACUUACUGGAGGUGGGAGAUUUGUUUUUGAGAGGGUAUAGGGGAUAUUUCUGUGUGCUUAAUAGUGACUAAAUAGUAGUAAGUAUCAUUUAGAUGCUUUCUUUCUGAGGCACUAACCUUUAAUAGUCUGAAGGGUGAGUUUGAGGAUAGAUGUUAACCAUGUAAAUGCUUCUCAGAAGAACAAUGCGAUUUACAUGCCACUGUACCUACCACAUAUCCUAUUUUGCGUACCAUGAAAUAAGGUUCUGUAAUGUCUGGUGGAAUCUUAAAAAAUUACUACAUAUUACUACUUUUCAUAUUUUUCUUUAUAUCCAACAUUGCAUAUGCAUCUUUUGAAUCUUUUAAUUGGAACUCUUACACAUUUUGUGCAAAUGCAGCAAAAUCAGUGUGAACAAGAAUAUCUGAACAAACUAUCUCUGAAUCCUGAGGGUAAAGGAGUCUUAAUAUUAGCAUUUCUGUGACCUAAUUUUGAGAAUGCUGCCGUCUUCCAAUUGUUCAAUAGGAAGCAGUGUAUGUAAUGAAAUGCCUUUUAUGCUCACUUUCUUAUUAGCUUAAAUGCAAAGAAAAGUGGAGUCUCAAUGGCUUGGUGAAGCACCUGUUCAAAAAACAACUACUGAAGGACAAAUCUAUACGCUGCAGCAGAUGGGAUGCGUAUCCUCUCACUGAGGAGCAGAGACUAUAUGCUGCCUCUGAUGCUUAUGUAAGUGUGUAAGCAUGCUACCAAAGUAGUACAUGUAAAUAUUAAUAUGCAUCUUAGCUCAAUGAGAACGGUAGUUUUUUUUGUGGUUUAUUUUAAUUUUAUUUUUAAUAAAAAAAAAAAAAAAAAAUAGAAAUUCUCCUUUUACUUAAAGAAUCUUCUUUUAAUCUAUAAUCUGUUUGAAAUUCUAGCCAUAUUGAGUGUCCGUUCGGUCAACUGAAUUCUUCUAACACAAUUAACACUUAAGGAACAUUUGGUGGCAACCUUAUACUAGAUUUGUAAGGAUUUAAGUAUGGCUUGGCAAUUUGUUCUCAGGAGAGCCAUCUCGAACUUUGGAACCCACAUAUAGAAGAGGGGAAAGUCAGCUCCCAUGAUUAAAGAUUCUAGGUCUAUUCAUCGCCUGCGAUCUGGAGGAGGGUGCCAGUGGAUAAUUUGGGUCAGCUGCUCUGCUAGAUAGUAAAAAUGGGUGAGGGAACCCCUCUGCUGAUUUUGGCCUAUAGAGGACACUGCGUGCCACUUGUUAGUGCUUGCGUUACCAAAUAAAGUCAUCUAUGGCCUGCUGUAGUCCUCACAGGUCUCUUUUAGUUAUCCUGAUCGGGAGGGCCUGGAACAAAACAGCAGUGGUGGCAACACGUUCAUCUUCACUGAAUGUAUACGCUCGAUCCAAGAAAAAGGCUUAUCCGUCCAGUAAACCGUAUCCUUAACUAAUGUGUGUAACAACGGAGUAUAAUUGUGUUGAAAUACAUUAAUCAUUUUGUUUGCUUGGCACUGCAUUCUCUCAGUUUGAUGUAACUUGGUAUUUCUGUUAAACUGUAUGCAAAACCAUCUGCAGGAAAGAAUGUGUGUGUGUGUGAUUGCUCAUUCAAUGUUUUGUAGGCUGGACUUCAAAUUUACGAGAAAUUAGAAAGGAUGGAUGACCAAGAGAAGGCAGCUCUUUGUAUACUCAAAGGUAAAUGUGGAUAUAAUGGCUUUGUUUGUGUAUGCUUACCCACCUAUGCAACAAAAUGCAAACUGUAAAAUAGUAACUUUAUACGAAUAUAUUCGAGGCCAGUACAAACCAUUAUCUGGAAAUCUAUUCAUAAACAGGGCUAUACAUAGGACACAAGGUCACGCAUUUAGGCUGGAAGAAAGGAGAUUUAACCUAAGGCAAAGAAAAGUUGUUUUGUUUUUUUGUUUGUUUUUGUUUUUUUACCGUGAGAACUAUAAGGAUGUGGAAUUCACUGCCUGAAGAGGUGGUUUUAUCUGAGUCUAUACAGAUGUUUAAACCGCAAUUGGAUAAAUACUUCCAAAAACAUAACAUAAAGGGAUAUAAUUUCUAAUUAGUGGGGUAAUAGCAGCUUGAUCCAAUGAGACAUUGGACUGCUAUUUUGGGGUCAAGAAGGAAUUUUUUCCUAGUUUGUUGCAAAAUUGGAAGCGCUACAGACUAUGUUUUUUGCUUUCUUUUGGAUCAACAGCAAAAACAUAUGUGAGGAAGGCUGAACUUGAUGGACGCAAGUCUCUUUUCAGCUAUGUAACUAUGUAAUUUCAUGUUAUUUAUAGGGACUAAUGUUGAGCCCAUGGAAGUUAAACAGCAGCUGAGAAGUCUGUCGCAGCAAUUUCUUGAUCUGGUAGACCAGGUCCCAAGCAGUUUUGGAAACUGUAAAGAUGCUCAAAGGUAGUACUUUCUAAUUUAAAAAUUUUUUAUUUUAUUUUUAUUUGUUAACAUUGCUUGUGUGUGUAAAUCAUUUAUAAAGUUGGUGACUUACAAUCAAUGUUCAUAAUGCUCUUGAAUUCUACAGAGCUAUGGAUUUUCUUGGUGAUCUUUCGGAGAGAGUCGAUGAAUUAAAAAACCUAAUGCUGGAUUCCUCCAGAGAAGAAAACAGUCCAUUAGAAGACUGCAUCCAAAAGGAAGAGUCUGUUGAGGAACAUGCCGAGACUGUAAGUGGUCCUGAUAAAGUACCACCUGCAAAUACGGAGGAGAGCAUGAGACCUAAAUCCUGUGGAGAACAAGAUUUCUUCAAUACUUUGGGCAUCAGUGAAGAAGAACUUUCCGUGAUGGAACAAGAAGUACUUUCAUUCUUUUAUAAUGCUGAAUUCUGGGUGUUUUGAAAUCUAUCACAUUUGGGACAGAAUUAACACAAGCUGCCCAGAUAGCAUUUUGGCUGCGUGCUUGACAUCCCUAGGCUGGUUUAUAGCUGCAAAGAUGUUUACAAUUUGGUCCCGUUAUGAGACACUUUCAAUGAUCCUUUAAUUAAGGUGUAGCUUUUUUUUUUCUCUCUCCGCACAGCAGAAUCGAUAGGUUAAAAAAAAACCUCUAGAAUAAGUAUAAAUAGGAUGGUUCACUCCUUACUAGAAAGUCUCUCGACCAGCGGGACAGAGUAUGUUUUAGCAGGCCAGAAUCUAUCUUUCGCAGGACGAUUUUUGAAAACGCCCAGCCAAGAGAAGUUUAGCUUUUAUCAGGAGACCCAAAAAAUGCUUCCUAUAUGUGAAGGUGGUCUGGCCUUUCUAUUUAUAGUGUAUGAUGUGCAUGGGAAAAUCUCCGGUUUUGGUAUGUUAGACUGUCAUCCAGUGGUUAAGCUGGGCCUGUUGUUGCUGAUUGAUUUGCUAUUUCAUGACUCAGGCCAGCAUUUUCCGUUUCAGUAGUUUUGAUUACAGGCUUAGUUUGGUGAUGAAAAUAUCUCAUAUAAAGACUGGGCUUGUAAUUAGUUCCCCAGGGCCGUAUGGUGCUUGAAAAGAGUAUGGUGUUUGCGAUGCAUAUAUAAUAGGCCUGACUAGUUUUUAUUUAUUUAUUUUUGUAUGUUGCUUUGAAAAUAAGAUAUAUAUUUGGUACACAUAAGGACAUGUUUGCAUUGUCUUUGAAUUAUGAAUCUAAUUAUGUUCUAAGGCUAAAUCAUUCUUUCAUCCAUUACUCCCCUAAAGCAGGAUAUCUUGAGAGGACCUUCUAAGACAUGAAAUUGUCUAUAAAAGAUUGGACCAUCCAUCCUACCUUGAGUGUUUUUUCCUAUUCUUUAGAAGGAUGGUUUCAUUUCUUUUUUUCUCAUGGGUAUCUUUUUUUUAUUAUUUAUUUUUUGACAAUCUUUAUAGUUUUACAUCAGAAAUAUAAAAGUUCUGAAAAGUUAUAUAGGAUAGACAACGUGUUAGAAUCCAGUAGUAAAGAAAGAAAAUAGGUAUUAUCCACCAAGCAGUGGGCAAUAUGUGGGUACAAAGCAAUAAUACAUAAGAGCAUACAGUAACCCCUUGGUCUAGGAGUCUAUCUAAUUGAAUAUAGUUAUCUGGCAUCGGAUCUCAUUUGUGCGUAAAAACAUUAUAUAUUAUUAAUACAUUCAAUGGUUGCAUCUGGCGAGUGAGAAAGGGCACACAGUAUUAGUGAGUGUGAAGUUUACCGAGUUAUAGUGUUACAAUAUUAAUAUGGGGGAGAUCAAGCAGUAUAGAGCAGGCUUGACUCACGUUGAGAUUGUCAAUCUCUCCACAUCCCACCACAGUGUGGUCUCCUGCCCCCCAGGUGGCCAUCCCCGUCGUCUCCCUAUACAUCUACCUGUUUUCAAAAACACUGCCCCCAGCCACUCAUCACACAAUCAAAUCUGCUAAUCUGUGGGUAGCUAGAGCAAGAGGGGAGGGUCUUCAGUGUGUACAAGAAUCAUACGGGUCAUGGAGGAGGAUGAGAGGAGUAAAAAGAAAGAGGAAGAAGAAACGAAAGAGGAGAGAGCAAAAAUAGGGGGGAUGGGAAGGUAAAGUGAGGUCCAAUCUUACUCUCAGUGGCUCAUGCCUUGCCUCAUGGGUAUCUUGAUGGCUAGAAUUUUACAUGAACAUAGGUUGCAUAUAAUCCUUUGGGUUGUAGUUAGCAUGUGGGAGCUUUCUCAGCAGGAGCAAAAUGUGAAAUAUUAGAUUUAAUGAGAAACCCCCCUCUCUGAUACAGUGUUCUAUCUCAUUGUGUUCCCCCUGUCCUCCCCCCCCCCCAUACUGAACAGUAAAAAUUUUCAUUUUUGAAUCAUCGUAGAGUCUUCGUUCCACAAUCUUGACAAAGAUCGUAUUUUUUUUAUUUCAAUGACCUAUGCAGGGUACUUGAUCAGCCUCUGAUAAUUGUUUUGGGAUCAUUUUUGGAGGAGGUUUCAUUGAAAGCCUCCACUAUGUGAAGUGUUAAAUGACUAUUGAAGACUAAAAUAAAAUACAUGGUUAUUCGCUAGUCCACUCCUCACAGUAUGGUUUAACAUUGUUAAAUAUUUGAUUAGUAUCCUGUUGUUUAAUAUCGACUUACUUUCUGACUUCUUCCCAAUAUAUUUAUCAUAAAUUGUGACUCUGGUUUAUGUUUCUCUCUCUGCAGGAGUUUAUUGAAACUGAUGAAGAAAUGGACCCAUCCUUUGUAAUUGAUAGUGACCAAGAGCUGGAAAAUGAGAUGCUUGAGGUUAGCAUUAGAUGUAUUUAAUAUUAUUUAAUAUCUUAACUUUGCAAGUGAUAAAUAUAACUAUUGUUACAUCAGCCAACAGUACCGAUACGUUUAUGAAAUUCUCCAUUGAUUCUUUUUUUCUCUCUUUUACUUGGUUAGGUGUUUUCAAUGUUGUUUCUAAUUGCUAGCCUUAGGGGCAGGAGUCAAUAUAUUCUCAGAAGUGGAAUGUCUUCUACGACAUUCCGCUGUCCCUCACCGACAGAUUGACUGUGCAUUGCUUACCAAUUACUGUGCCAAACUUGGAUGGUUUUGUAAAUCUCAUGCAAGAUUUAGUGAUUUGCAUUUUAUGAAUGCAUUAAAGUGAUUUGACGUGGCUAUGGUGCUUGGAGUCAGUAUGUGCAGUGUUUCGCUAUGAAACACUGCACGUUAAGAAUUUUAUCCCUUUGUUGCUGGAAAUUGUAACUCCAGCAGCAAUCAUUAAGGGGUCAUAUGGCAGCCAGGGCAAGCGUUCCGGGCUGGCUAAUGUCAAUUCUGUGCAUAUUUCAAUGCCUAGAUCAAUCAUUUGCUGAGAGUAAUCACCUGAUGCUCUCAGCCAAUGAAUGAAUGUCACAAUCGGCAUCCGGGCUCUGCAGAUGUCUGAUAUCGUAAGCCUGCUGCAGAGGAGACCAAGGUACAAAAUGGUAUGUCCCAUUACCGGGAGAUGGCACCAUGAUAUGCUCUGUAGUCAUUGUGAUGCCUGGAGUAACCCAUUAAAGAUUGAAAUUCAUAAGGAAAAUUCCCCCAGCCUACCUCCCUGGAUUAACCUGUAGGUUUGCUUAUAGUGCUCCAAGUUGAUUUUCUUCAAGUGCAUCCAGGUCCACAUUUAUGUCUUACGUGUGGGCACCAAAUUUCUGAUACAGUACAUUACUCACUCAUUUAUCAAAAGGACAUUGCAGGCAUAACCUGAUAAUUGCACCUUUAUUUAUUUAAGUAUUCAUGGUUGUAUUCUUGCAAUCUGUACUCAUAGUGUAGGAAUGCAGCCUGUUUUUUAUUUUAAUUUUACUAUGAGAAUAUGGUACUGUAAACACAUUGAGUGUCAGAAUUAGUGUUAAGAGUAUAGGGGCAAAAACGGUUGUGUUACUGUGUUAAGGUAAGGUUGGUGGGUUUACGGUGGGUUGAGGAUGUGUUUAGUGUCAGGGUUUAGGAUUAGCAGGGGUUUAAAGAGACUCUCUAAGCACCAAAACCAUUUCAAAUUAUAGAAGUGGUUUUGUUACAUAAACACUGUAGUUGGUCUUUGAGCUAUUGGUAGUGCUGGAGAAAAGAUCUACAGAAUAUUUUAGAUGAAUGGGAUUUCAGGAUAGGAUCUCAGUUUGGGGCACGAUCAUUGUACAUAUCCUUUUUAGAGAGUAGAUGUUAUUGAUGGAAACAAUAAAGAAUAUGGGAAAGAUACAAAACACAUAAAAAUAAGUAUAACAACCUGGAUAAGUAUACAAAAUUAGAUCUAGUGGAAGCUAAUAUAGAACAAAUCGUAGGGCAGUGAAGGGGUUAACCACUAAAUAGCAUAUAAAUGACGGCAGUAUAUAUAUGAUCGCCGUGGUCUGCAGACGGCUAGAAAGUCCGAAGCCCCAAGCCACCCCAAGUAUUAGAAUAAUGUUUAAAUAAAUUCUCUGUGUUAAGUCGGGGCUUAACACAGGACAACCUCAGCCUCUCUAAGCAAUUUCUCUGACCUCCGGUAUUUUGAUACUUAUCUUUUGAAUUAACUUAGAGAAUUUAUUUAAACAUUAUUCUAAUACUUGGGGUGGCUUGGGGCUUCGUACUGUCUAGCCGUCUGCAGACCAUGGCGAAUAUAUAUAUAUAUAUAUAUAUAUAUAUAUAUAUAUAUAUAUAUAUAUAUAUAUAUAUAUAUAUAUAGUGUUCAAGUAGAGAUUGUAGCCGUAUUAGUCCAGUGAUGUAGAUGUAAAAAACAGAUAAAAUUCUUAUCUUGUAAUACCUUUUUUAUUGGACUAACAGAAUUUUUUAAUGACAAGCUUGAGUCCAUGUGCAUGUAUGUAUAUGUGUUUAUGUAUAUAUACAUAUGUUUAUGCGUUCACAUAUACAUAUUUCUGUGUGUGUGCAUGUAUAAAGUGUAUCAUCCUGUGCACUGUCUGCUUGUUUGUUUUUCUUUUCCCUCUCUCCCCCCUACUCUUCUCUUCAACAAGAUAUUUAUGACCCUCUGCUAAGAUGGUGUCUAUUUUCUAACAAACCUGUGUCUUAUCUACACUCAUGUCGCUUUAACCCCUGUAUCACAACUCAACUUUGAAUUCUAUGUGUCGUUUUGCUCAGAAAUGCUUCAGACUUGAGAAAGGGAGGUUCUCUUGUCAUUAAAAAAUUCUGUUAGUCCAAUAAAAAAGGUAUUAUAAGAUAAGAAUUUUAUCUGUUUUUUACAUUUAUAUAUAUAUAUAUAUAUAUAUAUAUAUAUAUAUAUAUAUAUAUAUAUAUAUAUAUAUAUAUAUAUAUAUAUAUAUAUAUAUAUAUAUAAAUAUACUGCCGUCAUUUAUAUGCUAUUUAGUGGAUCCACAGUUGUGUCUUGCAGGGGGCUCUUUUGUUAGGAAGCUAGUUUAGUUAUUUAAAUCGAUAGGUGCCCUCGAAGGCACAGAUGAACAACAACAAUAAAACAUUUACCAGAAAUAACUCUUGGAUCUCCCCUUUAACGUUUACUAGCACUAACAGUAUUUAAUUCUCCAGCGUUUGUGCAAUUUUGUAAAUGCUUGGAGUUUGUAAGCAGACCUGGAAAAAUGCCUCUGUAAAGUAUCAUUCUUUCGAAAGGCAUUUCACAAUUUAUACCGCCCUGAUAAGUUAUAACUGUUUAGGUGAUAUGUAUUUCUUCCUGGGCUUAUCUUUUGGAUUUUAGUACUAUUGUAACAGUUGCUAAUGAACCUUUGUGUUUGGACAAAUUGUACUUAUGCUCUUCAUGUUGCUACAAGCAUCUUUAUACUUUAUUGCAACAUUAACAAGUUACUUAGUCUAAUUAUAAAACCUGUAUAUCACCAUACUACUAGAUACUUUAAUUCCCAGUGAAGAUAUCCCUUCCUAUGGUCUGUCUUCAUUGACAUUCUGCCUAGGACAUUUUUGUCCAUUUGUUUAAUACUUAUUUUAAGUGAAAUAUAUAACGUAUAUAAAUUCCAUUAUCACACAUUUAGGUUUCUGUUAAGUACUAGUUGUCUAUUCUUAAAUGUGUCUUUUUCACUUUUUUAUAUUCUAUUAUUAAAAGUUAUGUUUUAAGAAUAAUCUAAACAUAGGACAGGGUGUUUUUUCCUUUUCUACUCCUAAACCUGGAUAGAUAGAUAGAUGUAGGGUAUUCUACUCAUGUGCAUGUUAUUGAUGACAUAUCCCUAUCAUUAAAUGCAUAUUUCUUUACAUGUGUUGUGAUAUAUUUGUUACAGACCUUAGAUAUGCUGGACAAGAGUGAGGAAAUAAUCGAGGAUGAUAUAAAGUAUCUGCAGGAAGAUCAGACAUUUGACAAAGAAGUGAUCAACGCUUUAGAUGAUGACGACGAUGAAGGCAUUGAAGAGGAGGAUGAAGAUGAUUGGGGUAUGACUAUCUUUAAAUUAUCAAAAUAAAUGGUGUGCUGCACACAAAUCAUGUAUACAUUGGGGCACUGUGGAAGGGGGUCUUCCACCCACCAGGAAGUUAGUGGUCCACAGGCAUCACUAUUUAUGGUGAUACAAAAAAAUAUUUAUUCUGGAUCAAAGUUUCGUCCGUAAUCUUGUAAUAUACAUGAUUAAGGCCUCACAGCUGAAUAAUUUUACUUUAUUUUGUAAUGCCUGUGAAUAAUUUAUAUUUAAAGUAUCAUCAAUAUGUCACAUGCUCAGGAAUAUACUUGUUGGGCCACUAUAUUUUUAUGCAGCACACAACAGUCUGUUUAUUUUAGAUUUUUUGCAUUGAAUCUAUUUUAGUCUGGAGCCUUUCUGUCCAACAGCAACUAGUAGGUAUGAAAAUUGCAAAAUGGAAUGUUUCUUGGGAAAAAAAAACUGUCUGCAGCAGCAAGGCUGCUGGGGCUGCAUCUACAUUCUAUAAAUAAAAUCAAUUCAUUACGAUGAAGUAGUUUUGGUGCUUUGGCUGUCCCUUUAAUGGGAAUAAGAGAAGGUUUUGAAUUUUUUUUUUCUUUCUGUGUUUUUGAUCUGUAUGCAUCGGAUUAAAUGGAAACAUGGAUUUAAAAAGUUGUGUAAUAUUAUAAACCUUUUACAAACUGCAUGCUGAAUGUAUUUACUAAAGUGUGAAUUGUCAGGAAUUCCUAGUGAAUUUCAAAUUUAAGGCUAAUAGCCAAACUGAAAACCGGUAGACUUGGAGAAGUCUGUUUGGCUGUUUUUGAUUUGUUGUCCUAAAAUUUAAUAAAAAUAAGCCCUAACCUGUUUAUAUAAUAUUGACAAAAAUGUUGCUUUUCCUGUGAAAUGAUCUUUGUCUUUCAAUUGCAAAUCAAUUUCAACAGUGAUUAAUGCCAUUUGUAAACAAUUACAUCUUUACAUUUUUAACAGAUCCGUCUGUGCCUGAACCAACUCUGGACCAAAUCUCGUGCUUAAAGACUUAUUUUGGCCAUUCAAGUUUUAAGCCGUGAGUAUGUCCACAUAACAUUGCUGGUUAUCAAGGAAAUCUAGACACAAAAUCUUUUCAUUAUAGUAGCCAACUGUAUGCUACUAUGUACAAAAACAGGGCAUUAAAUGAGCUUUCUUUUUAACCCAAAUACUCUUUUCAGUUUAAAGAGUAUUUUCUGUGCGGAAUAUGACAGAAACUUGUUUUAAUUUGAUUUGCCAAAGAUCCCUGUCAUAUCAGAGUAUACCAUUGAUACCCUAGUUUCCUACAGUUCUUACGAGAGUUGCAGAGUCAAAUUUUGCAGUCUACCAAGCUCACAAUUAAUUUCAGCUGUUUAAUCACUGAUUUACUACAAUUAUCAAGAAGUUUAAAAGUUGUGAAUUUCAAUAAAAAGUAGCAAAGAGGAAAUGGGAUCUUGAAGGAAACUCUGAACCACAUGUAUGUUAGCCAUGAGACUUUCUCUAAUCAAUAUACCAUAGGUUCUCAACUGUCAGCUAUCAACAUAUUCUAUAAAUUUGAUAGCAAUUUCAGUAUCACAUUGUAGAGAUCACAUUUGCCUAACUUCCAACUUGCUGCUCCAUCCUUUGAGAGAAGCUUAGUACUUUACAUUUUGUGUUUGCCAAUGCAGGUCGGUCUUGUAUUUCUUUGUGAGUCAUGGGUUGAAUUGAGGUACUGUGUUUUAAACUUUGUUUUCCCCUUUAAUGUAUUAUUUUUAGAGUUCAGUGGAAAGUCAUUCAUUCCGUUUUAAAAGAAAGAAGAGACAAUCUUGUAGUCAUGGCAACUGGUAAGUAAAACUUGUUCCCAUCAAGGUGAACGUGGCAUACAUUCUUUUUUUAAUAUUUGGGUUUUUGAUUUAUAUUUUUUCUAAAAUUCCAGGAAGAUGCCAAAAAGUUGUCUGUGAUAAUUACACUAGUUUACACAUUCAACCGAUAGGACUAGCUAUUUCACUGCCAAUGAACUGUGGGGCAAUGUAUUGAAUAUUUGCCUUUUGUAACACAGCAAGUCUUAUUCAAUUAAAAGAUAGAUGCACAGUAUGAGACACUGGUUACAGUACUCACUGGUAUGCAAGCUGCAGACAAUCUUGAAAUAAGUAUCCAAGAUACUUGUUGUUCAGUCUGUAAAAUGUUUUUCAUAGUUUUUUUUUUUUUCUUCUAUAUUUUUGCUGUCAAGCUGGUUGAGUUAGGAAUAUUACCUUACACAUAUAGGAUACUGAUAACGUGCUGUCCCUUUUCGUAAAGCACAUACAGCUGUAGCUUAGUACCAUGGAUAUGAAGCACUCCUGCUAAGAAAUUAAUGAGACUCAUUGGUCAAUGUGCGUUCAACAAAAGUCUUUACAUCUACACUAAGCGUACUUAAUUAUCUGUAAUUUAUAUUAAGGGGAUGGGAUGCACUCCAGUCAUGGGUCAUAGAUUUGUCGAUGGAGAUCAGUGUUUUAAUGGAGUUCGUGGCGCUAAAGGGGGAGGAAGGGGUUAAUCCCUUACCUUUUUCCAGCGCCGGGCUCCCUCGGCGCUGGGACGCUCCUCCCUCCUCUUCCGUCAUCGGCUGAAAGUGCAUGUGCGGCAAGAGCAGCGUGCGCAUUCUGCCAGUCCAUAGGAAAGCAUUCUCAAUGCUCUCCUAUGGAUGCUGGCGUCUUCUCACUGUGAAAAUCACAGUGAAAAGCGCGGAAGUGCCUCUAGCAGCUGUCAAUGAGACAGCCACUAGAGGCUGGAUUAACCCAUAUGUAAACAUAGUUUCUCUGAAACUGCUAUGUUUACAGAAAAAAACCUAGUUAAAAACCCUGGUUAAACCUUGCUGGACCUGGCACCCAGACCACUUCAUUAAGCUGAAGUGGUCUGGGUGCCUAUAGUGGUCCUUUAAGUUCCAAUUAGAGAGAUAAAUAGAGGAUUAUUUAUAUUAUUGAGAUUUGUUUUUCUUUCCUUUGUAGGCUAUGGAAAGAGUUUGUGUUACCAGUUUGCCCCUGUUUAUACUUGUGGCAUUGGCAUUGUGAUUUGUCCCCUUAUUUCUCUGAUGGAAGACCAGGUGUUGCAGCUUGAGUAAGUAAUACAUUUGAUUCUUGCACAGAUUUAUUUUUUGAAAGUGAUACUUUGAGUACUUUAUGCCACCAAUGAUUCUUUUAUUUAGGUUUUAAUGGAAGUAACUUUGUAUAUCUCUCACCAUCUAGCUUUUUAUAGCUUCAGUAACUUGCUUCCCCUGACCAUGCAAGAUCAUGUACAUAAUGUACAAAUCCAUAAUGAGAAAUGUGGGUUAUUUUACAGAUUUCUGAAGAUCCUGAACCACAACAGCUGGUAUCUUCACUUAAAUAAAAAAUUAAAGGACCAUUAUAGGCACCCAGACCACUUCAGCUUAAUGAAGUGGUCUGGGUGUCAGGUCCAUCUAGGAAAAACCUUGCAGCUGUAAACAUAGCAGUUUCAGAGAAACUGCUAUGUUUACAAAUGGGUUAAUCCAGCCCUUUAGUGGCUGUCUCAUUGACUGCCGCUAGAGGCGCUUCCGCGCUUCUCACUGGGAUUUUCACAGUGAGAAGACUCCAGUGUCCAUUGAAAGUGCUUUCCUAUGGAGUGGCUGAAUGUGCGCGCAUGCUCAUUCAGCCGAUGACGACCAAAGGAGGAGGAGAGUCCCCAGCGCCGAGGGAGCCCGGCACUGGAGAAAGGUGAGUGUUUAACCCUCUUUCUCCCCCUUCAGCCCGGCGGGAGUGGGACCCUGAGGGUGGGGGCACGAGUUUGUUUUCCUGGCAUGAUAGUGGUCCUUUGAAUACAGAUUAGGGAACCACACACACAUACAUACAAUACAGUUUUCCAUAGUAACAGGCUACUUACCCAUCAAAAAAUAAAUUGUCCCCUUUUUUACUAUGAAAAAUGUAUUAAUUAAUUUAAAAUGAAUAGAAGCUGGGCUGCAGACACUAUUAACUUACGAAGUAGGUUUAUUUUUUUAUUUUUUUCCCCAUAAUGCAUUGAUGUGGGUUGUAUCUUGCCUGUAAUGCACCUUGAAUAAUUCCCAAUGGUUGCUGAUUACUUCUACUUGGCCUGUCUCAUAAUUUGUUUUGUGGUCAAAGCCUCAUUUUAUGGCCUUUUACUCUAAGUAACCUUCUAUACUGAACAGUGUACUCUGUCAACAAGUACACAAACAACAGGUGUGUGCAUUAUAUACUCACCUUUAUGCUUAUUCUCAGAAUAUAUAGGAUCAGAAAUAUGCUGUAUAAUUAUAUUACCUAAAAUAUCUUUAAAGGAACAUUAUAGAGUCAGGAACACAAAUUGUAUUCCUGACCAUUGUAGUGUUAAAAAUACUAUCUAGCCCCCUUUCCCCCCUUGAUAUAGUAAGACUUUAUUCCAGUCUGUUGCUGGCUCUGGUUCUCAUUUUCCUUCUUAGCUGACAUCAUCAGAAGUGAUGAUCUCAGUCAAUCACUAUGCUUUCCCAUAGGAAAGCAUUGGAUUGGCUAAGAUUGGUAAUUUUGGAGGAUUUCAGCCAAGUAUGCGGGCCGGGGGGCAGAGCCAAAUACUGCCCUGUCUGAUCUGCUUCUCCUCAUAGAGAUGCAUUGAAUCAGUGCAUCUCUAUGAGGAAAGUUCAGUGUCUCCAUGAUGAGGGUUGAAACACUGAAUGUCAGUGCUGCACACUGUGCAGCACUGAUGCAGGAAGCACCUCUAGUAGCCAUCUGAGGAGUGGCCAUCGGAGGUGUCCCUACGCUGUAACGUAAACACUGCAUUUUCUCUGAAUACACAGUGUUGACAAUAAAAUGCCUGCAAGGACUGACUACACUCACCAGAACAACUACAUUAAGCGGUAGUUGUUCUCGUGAGUAUAGUGUCCCUCUAAGUAGCAUAUUUGACAUUUGGGCACACAUCACAUUUUCGUUUCUAUUUCCUAGUCUUGUUAUCGGAUCAAAUUCCCUUCUGAAUUUUUCAAGUUGAUAAUAAUGAAGAACCUAAAGCAAAACUUUUGAAGUAGUUACUGUUGUUUCAGUGCGUUGAAUGAGUCGUGUAUUAUCCAGGUCAUUAAUCUCAUCAUUAACAGUAAUAUCUUCAAUUAGUAUUGCUAAGAAUUAAUCUCACUUCUGCCCGCUGUGAAUCAGACACUCUCGUAUUUUAUUUUUUGUUUCUUUUUUUUUUUUUUUACGCACAGAACUUUUUUGUCUGCUCCCAUUAACAUUAUAUGUUUGUCCCUCCUUUCCCUUUCUUUUAUUUGGCAGGAUGUCAAACAUUCGUUCUUGUUUUGUUGGGUCUGCACAGUCAAAAAAUGUUAUGCAUGACAUCAAGGCGUAAGUAAAGUUGUGAAAUGUUUUGUAAAAUGUAUUAUAGCCCGUGAAGAAUAAUAUAGUCAUCACUGAGGUAUCCCUAAUCCUGGGGUACCCAAUAUUACCCAAUAUUACAUCUUAUCCUCUCAACUCGACUACAAGUCUUUGUGUAUGAUAGGUGCCUUCUGUACUUAUUGCUGAAUGUGGAAAAUAAUUUUUAAAUGUUUUUCAACCUAGAAAAGCACAAUCAAUUUAAAAGCCAACUUUUUGGAAUUGAUACCACAUCUAAAAACACUGUGGCAUUAAAAAGGUUUUUUUUUCUUCUAUUUUUUUUUUUUUCAAUCUUAUUAGUAAAUCAAUUCUUAUAAAAUUACAUUUGUAUGCUUAUUUUUUUUUGUUUUACGACUUUAGCAUUAUAUAUUAAAAUGACAGAAUUAUGAGUGUUUAUUCUGGAUAUAAUUCUGCUCCUUACAUGUUUUAAUUGACUUCAAUGCUAUUUCCCCUCCUUUCUUAAAAAUAGGUUCUCAGAUUCAUUGACAGGUCACUUUUAAAAUAUCUGCUCCCCACGUUUUUCCCACUGGAGUAAUUACCAAUGUGCACCUGGCUUUCUCUUGAUAGGCACAAUUUAUAGAUAUAUUUAAGUGUGAGCAUGCAGAUUAGAUUAAUUUCUGUCCUGGGAUAUACUGAAGGAAGGUUAUCAGAUUUCCCCUUCAACUGGGGAUACUGAUGGAAAAUGUGUAAUGCAGCUCUAUUUUAUAAUUAUUCUACUACUUGAUAUACCUUGAUUUAUGAAUCAUUGGAUGAAGGAAUGAUCUGUACUUUCAUUCCAGGGUAUCUGAACACCUAUAUAUAGCACAGCUAUAGUACUGGAGUGAAAGUACAUCAGAUUAUAUUGAAUAUGUAAUUAUACUUCCAUAGAUCCUAAAGAUGAGUUUCAAAAGUUAGGAUUUACAUUUUCAAAGCUUUAUAAAUUGUCUAAAAAAUACUUGUCAGUCAGAGAUUUAAAGGACUACUGUGACACUGAUGUUGUUGACAAACCUAACAACUCAAAAAGUUAGCUUUUUUUUUUUAAAUGUAUUUAUUUUUAUUAUUGCAUGCCAAGACAGAAUAGUCAAAACAUAUAGUGCAAAUUAAUUUAAUCCCCAUGAUGCCAUGCAUAUUAGUGGGUAAGAGUACUUUCGAAGGAAUGCUGAGCAUGUGUGUGCGGGUACUGUGUUCUGGAAGCAGGUUGUUUUGGCAUGCAUAAGUGUGCUCAGGGUGUCUCACAUUGAUGAUGUCACCAUGGAGAUGAAAUGGGAAUGGAAGUAAAUGUAAUCCAUACUCACUCCUCCACCUCCCCCCACCCCUUGCACCCAGCAACCCAGUAAAUAUGUCUGUUCCUUAAACUGGAUCGAUGGAUUGUAGCUAUCUGUCACGUUCAGUGAAGUGGCCAUUAUUCUUUCAUCCAGCAUUUCUUAGCACGAGUGGAGCUGCUCUGAAAAGUGAUAGAAGGUAUAUUGUGGCAGCUAUCUUUUUUUACACACAUCCUGGCUGUAUCACUGUUUUUGUUCAGCCUAGCUUGCCCAUGCAUACUUCAUUAAAAAAAAAGUCUGGAUGACGACUUCUUUUGCUGCCAUUGCUCUCUGUUUGAAGUGGUUUUGUCACCUAAAACUUACCUUUCUCCUAUUGUUUCCUCUUCUAUUUGUAAUUUAGGAUGUUCUUUUUUUUUUCUUUAUUUCUGAUCUAGUUCUCUUUAAAUCAUAAGACAAACUCGGGACUUCUUUGUUUUAUGUGUUUUUCCUACACUUUGCAAUCUGGACAAAAAGUGGAGCCAGUGGCGUACAUAGCAGGGUCGCAGGGGUCGCGGCUGUGACCGGGCCCGGCCCACCAGGGGGCCUGGCCGCCCCUGCGACCCGGUAUGUACCCACAGGGCCACCCUCUUCCCCUGGGGGGCCCAGGAGCCGACCACCCCAGGGCCCCCCGAGGCUGGCCCUGCUGACACCCAGAAGGCGGGUGGCCGGUCGGGCAGGCGGGCGCGCGAGGGAGCACUCAGUACUUCCUCUUCAGCUCCCUCGCGCACCGCACUGAUACCGGAGCCGGAAGAUGCCGGCAUCCCUACGCGGCGCGCGAGGGAGCUGAAGAGGAAGCACUGAGUGCUCCCUCGCGGGCCCGCCUUCCCGACCGGCCACUCGCCUUCCGGGUGACAGCAUGGCCACUGGACCCCAGGGAAUCCCCCCAGCACUCCAAAAGGUAAGGAGGCUGGGGGGGAUUACAUUUAAAAAAAAAAAAAAAAACGUGUUAGAGUGAGUGUUAGAGUGAGUGUGAGUGUGUGUGUUAGUGAGUGUGAGUGUGUGUGUCUGCUAGUGAGUGGUAGUGUGUGUGUCUGCUAGUGAGUGUUAGUGUGUGUGUCUGGUAGUGAGUGUUAGUGUGAGUGUUAGUGUGUGUGUCUGGUAGUGAGUGUCAGUGAGUGUGUUAGUGUGUGUGUCUGGUAGUGAGUGUCAGUGAGUGUGUUAGUGUGUGUGUCUGGUAGUGAGUGUCAGUGAGUGUGUUAGUGUGUGUGUCUUACUGAGUGUAUGUUUUGUAAGUGAGUGUGUAUGUAUGUCUGUCGCUGAGUGUGUCUCUGUCAGUAAAUGUGUGUCUGUUAGCUAGUGUGUAUGCGUCUGUAAGUGUGUGUGUGUGUGUGUGUGUGUGUCUUCAGCACCUACCUUUCUCCAGCGCCGGACUCCCUUGGCGCUGGGGAUCCCUCAGCCUCUCAGCUCCGAAUGCGACCGCGCACGCGUUCAAACCGCCUAUAGGAAAGCAUUACUCAAUGCUUUCCUAUGGACGUUCAGUGUGCUCCUCUAGAGGCUGUCAGUGAGACAGCCACUAGAGGCUGGAUUAACCCUCAGUGAAACAUAGCAGUUUCUCUGAAACUGCUAUGUUUUCAGCUGCAGGGUUAAAACUAGAGGGACCUGACACCCAGACAACUUCAUUGAUCUGGGUGUCUGUAGUGGUCCUUUAACCCCUUAAGGACCAAACUUCUGGAAUAAAAGGGAAUCAUGACAUGUCAGACAUGUCAUAUGUCCUUAAGGGGUUAAGUGUGUGUGCAUCUGCAUGCACUGGCGUACAUACCGCGGUCGCAGGGAUCGCAGCCCUGUAACCCCUGCGACCAGGUGCCCACUGCCAUGUGUUGCGGCCCGGCCCGCGUGCGGGGGAGGGCCCACGGAUCAAUUUUCGCACCGGGCCCCAUGGGUCAUGUGUACGCCACUGAGUGGAGCUAAGCUCCAUCAUUUUGUUACAAUUGUCAGUCCCUACUUACUCAUAUUUUAAAGAGAAAUAGAUCAGAAAUCAAAAACAAAAGAAGAGAUUCUGAAAGUGGAAACAAUAGGAGAAGGGUGCGUUAUAAAGCCACUUUAUAUUUGCAUACAUUUUGCAGAUGGUUUGUCUCUGAUUUUCAAGCAGUCUCCUAUGCAUAUAUAGAUACCAAUCAUGUUCUUAAUCACAUGAGUAUUUUAACGAUUUGCGCUAGUAAAUUUAUUUUAUUUUACAUUUUUCAAAUAGUCAAGAUUUUUGUUUAAUCACUUCCAUCACAGUCUUCCACUUGGCUACAGCAACAUCCUUUUGUUUGGUUCCUUUGAAAUGUUUCAGUAUUGCUCAUUCAGUAUUAAUUUUCUUUGAGUGCCAUCAUAUUCCAAAUAGUGGUAUGUUCGUUCUAUAAAAAACACAAACUGUUGAUCUACUUAUGAAAAAUGUAGUUGACUUUUAAAUCUCAAAAUAAAAUGUAGUCCUUACUUUGACUUAAAGGAACACCAUAGUCACCUAAAUUACUUUGGCUAAAUAAAGCAGUUUUAGUGUAUAGAUCAUUCCCCUGCAAUUUCACUGCUUAAUUCACUGUCAUUUAGGAGUUAAAUCACUUUGUUUCUGUUUAUGCAGCCCUAGCCACACCUCCCCUGGCUAUGAUUGACAGAGCCUGCAUGAAAAAACUGGUUUCACUUUCAAACAGAUGUAAUUUACCUUAAAUAAUUGUAUCUCAAUCUCUAAAUUGAACUUUAAUCACAUACAGGAGGCUCUUGCAGGGUCUAGCAAGCUAUUAACAUAGCAGGGGAUAAGAAAAUAUUAAUUAAACAGAACUUGCAAUAAAGAAAGCCUAAAUAGGGCUCUCUUUACAGGAAGUAUUUAUGGAAGGCUGUGCAAGUCACAUGCAGGGAGGUGUGACUAGGGUUCAUAAACAAAGGGAUUUAACUCCUAAAUGGCAGAGGAUUGAGCAGUGAGGCUGCAGGGACAUGUUCUAUACACCAAAACUGCUUCAUUAAGCUAAAGUUGUUCAGGUGACUAUAGUGUCCCUUUAAAGGGCUUUCAGUAAACCUGCAGCAUCUACUGCUGAUUACAACCCCUCAAAUGCUUCACUAACUCCAGCUAGCUCUAUUUCUUUGUGUUUGCUUAAGCUACAUGUAAUAUUACCUUGUUGCAUGUCUUGUUUUCUUUUUCUUUUUUCUUUUUUAUAUGUUUUAUAUAGGAUAUUUAUUCUGUGCUUUCAGGGACACAUGAAUACUUUCUUACUUCCUCAGAAACGUGGACUUUUUAGCCAUUUUGCCAAUGACAUAUUUUAUUGCAUUUAUUAUUAUUAUUAUUAUUUUAUUAUUUAUAUAGCACCAUCAGAUUCCGUAGUGCCGUAUGCACUGCCUUGGUCAUAUGUAUAGCAAGUGGCGGUAAAAUCAAUUGCAAUGUAGUAAACGUGCAAUUUGAAAAAGACAUACCAAUUCUAUUGUAUACGCUGAUAAAGGCUGUGUUCAUUGUAUUUCUCAUUUUAUUUACCAGAGGCAAGUUUAAAGUCAUUUAUAUGACUCCCGAGUUCUGCUCCAGUGGAUUGUCCCUUCUUGAGGAUCUGAACGACAAAUAUGGUAGGCACUUCAGACAUUUUUAUAUUUUAAUUUGUCUGAUAUAUUUGUGUUGGAUACAUAUCAUGCAAGCACAUGGAGUUCAAAGCUAAGUAUUUUCUUGUAAGAAGAACUGGCUCAUAUGCUUACCAGUGUGCGUCUUGUGUCCUAGGAAGUUUGAAGCUUCUUGUCUAAAGACCUACUUGUUUUAUAAAUGUGUCUCGUAAAGGACCACUAUAGUGCCAGGAAAACAAAUUUGUUUUCCUGGCACUAUAGUGCCCUGAGGGUGCCCCCACCCUCAGGGUCCAUCUCCCGCCGGGCUGAAGGGGGAGCAAGGGGGUUAAACACUCACCUGGGGACUCUCCUCCUCCUCCUCCUUCGGUCGUCAUCGGCUGAAUGCGCAUGCGCGGCAAGAGCCGCGCGCGCAUUCAGCCAGUCCAUAGGAAAGCAUUCUCAAUGCUUUCCUAUGGACGCUGGCAUCUUCUCACUGUGAAAAUCACAGUGAGAAGCGCGGAAGCGCCUCUAGCGGCUGUCACAGAGACAGCCACUAGAGACUGGAUUAACCCAUAUGUAAACAGGGUUAAUCCUAGAUGGACCUGGCACGCAGACCUUCAUUGAGCUGAAGUGGUCUGGGUGCCUAUAGUGGUCUAAGCUGUCCACUACUGUAGCUUGUUGUGGGCUAAUUACCCAUAAGUAACUGUCCACUACUGUAGCUUGUUGGUGGCAGUUUAAUUACCCACGUGUAACUUUAGCUACAUAAGCAGGUAUGUAGAGUAGAAUAUAAACAAGAGAAAAAAGCCAUUGUGACUGCAGUGUGCUAGUAACUUGUCUGGGACAGGGGAAACCCAAGUGCCAAAAUAAGUUAGGCGCAAUGUUUAGGUUAAGUUACCAUUAUGUUGUUUUUAUAUUGUUUUGUUUUUUAAUAUAAAAUUCGUUUUUUUUUCCCCACUAGCAUUUCCUUCCUAUCCACUUCUAACCUGCAGAAUUGUUCUUCUUUGUUCUGUAAAUACUGUUCUACACAAUGUUUCUGGGAGCUUCUAUUUAACAUUUAACAAUCUGAAUAUCUGUCCAGAAUUGCUUAUGGACUCCCAGAGUAAAUUAUCUAUACUUAUCCAUAUCUGUCUCUUGCUCUCCUAAAAAUCUUUUCUGAUGUAAUGGUUGUUGAGAAACCUUCCGUUGUGUGCAUCUCAUCUAUAGCAAUUGGUGCUGUGGACUCCACUCUCACCUCCAGUUCUGCUACUUUUCCACCUUGUUUGGUGGCUGUCACCCUUACUGCCCUAUGGUGUUUUUGUACCCCACCUCCUAUAGACCAUAAACUCUUUUGAGCAGGGUCCUCAUCUACCUAUUGUUCCUGUGUCACUGUGUAAUUGUCUCAUAAUUGUAAGCGUGGCUAAAUCGACAUUGACCCCUUUUGGCACAGCUGAACUGAUGAGAAAGAAUUAUUGUCCUCCAAACACUUGUGCGGAUAAUGCGAGAGUGGCACUUUUUAAAAUGAAUUUUUUAGAACUAAUUAUUAGAAUUGUUUAAAUAUUUCUGAUGUUGUUUGAUGUAUACAUACAUAUUUAUAUUUGUUACUUUUGAGAUGCUCAAAAUAUUUUCAAAUUUUGUGAUGUAUCAUAAUAAGUGUAUAAGAGUUUGCAGACAUAUCUAUCUUCUAAUAAACAUUUGCCAAAAAAGAUGUUUUGAUUGACAAGUCUUAUAGGGACACUAUAGUCUCCAAAGUGACUACAUAUCUGUGUUCCUGACCCUAUAGUGCUAAAGCCACCAUUUAGGUGGCUUGCCCCCACUUAGUUUGCCUAUAAAAGUUUUUAAAACUCACCUUAUUUCCAGCGCCGCGCGGGUCCUCCGGCGCUGGCUCUGCCCCCUUUGUGACAUCAAAAUGGCCGAUUUUUAGCCAAUCCAAUGCUUUCCCAUAGGAACAAAUCGGCAUGGGGCGGGGCCAAAUGCUGUUUUGGCCAUUAGGACCUACUCAUAGAGAUGCAUUGAAUCCUUGCAUCUCUAUGAGGAAAAUUCAGCGUCUCCAUGCAGAGCGUGGGGACGCUGAACGGCAGGGCUGCUUACUGUGCAGCCCUAAGCCAGGAAGCCCCUCCAGUGGCCAUCUAAGGAGUGGCCACUUGGAGGUGUCCCUAGAGGCAAUGUAAACACUGCCUUUUUAGGCAGUGUUUACAUGAAAAUGCCUGAAGGCAAUGAUUACACUCACCAGAACAACUACAUUAAGCUGUAGUUGUUUUGAUGACUAUAGUGUCCCUUUAAUGUAGUUGUUCUGGUGAGUAUAGUCAGGCCCUGCAGGUUUUUUUUUAAAUUCUUUAUUUUAGGCAUGCAGUGAUAAGUAUAAGCUUGUCAAGCUAGGCCACAGGUUCGGAUGGUGUCAAUUUGCUGUGAAACUGAACGAUUCAGGCAUCUCUGAGUCACCUCUCAUUUUAGCGCAUUCCACAAUUCGUGUGCGUUUGUAGUAGAGGCUGUUAGGAGCUAAUAAGUCCCGUUUUGUGCUCGAUCGUGUCGGAGCUAUGAGAGGAUACGUCCUACCAUCUUGGCUGUCAGGCCCAGCCCCCCACAGGGUUUUUAAUGUCAACACUGCCUUUUCAGUGCAUUGUUUUCAUUGCUCCCUAGGGACACCUCCAGUGGCAGUCACUUAGACAGCCACUAGAGGUACGUCCGGGGUCGUAAAUCACCUUUCUCAUCCGAAGUAAUGGGAGCCGGGGCCUAAACCGUUAUUUAGACAUACAGUUUCAGUAAUACACGUUUGUAUUCCUGACACUAUAGUGUUCCUUUUAGCUAUAGACCAUUCACACCUACACCUAUGGAUUGAUAGUACGCCAUUCAGUUUCAACAAUAAUCGAACUUAGAGAUAUUGAUAUGUGUUUUAUUCCGAUAGUUUAAAAAUAUUUCUACUAAUUAAUCUGUAGGUAUCACAUUGAUCGCAAUAGAUGAAGCGCACUGCAUUUCUGAAUGGGGCCAUGAUUUCAGAAGUGCAUAUCGAAAUUUGGGAUCUCUUAAAAGAACACUGCCCUCGGUAAGAGCUGCCUUUCCUUCUCUGUUGCUAUCCCAUUGCGAGUCAGGAAAUGUAAUAUAAACAUUAAUAGUAGGUCUUUAUCUGCUUUGCAAAUCUUUAUUUUUAAUUUCUCGUAGAUGUUCAUUGAAUAUCUUUCUAUCAGUUUUGCCAAUUUUAAAGGAAUAAUGUCAGAAAUAUUUUUUUUCUGAAAAUUUAACUAGGAAGUAGAAGCUGACUUCUUGAGUCUUGAGAAGCAUGGGUUUUAACAAAAUAUUUUUCAAUCUGUACCUCUUCAGGUGCCCAUUGUAGCUUUGACAGCAACGGCAAGCCCUUCAAUCCGUGACGACAUAACGAGGUCCCUCAAUUUGCGCAAUCCACAAAUCACCUGCACUAGUUUUGAUCGGCCAAACCUAUACCUUGAUGUAGGACGUAAAACCUCUAAUAUCAGCAAGGAUCUGCAACAAUUUCUUGUUAAAAAGAAAGGGUAAGGCUACUUUGAGUAAUGAUGGUUUUCUGUAAUUAUAUAUAUAUUACAGCUAGGGCAGAAUACAUGUUAGCGCUGUCUUUGUGCUAUUUUUCAUGCUGUAUUACAGCGAGAUGUCCUGAUCAAGCAAUAAAGGUACUUGUUGAAAUUUUAAUGCUGAUAGGAGUUGGAAAUAUUAUUAGUUUUUGUUUGUUUGUUCAUAGCAGGAGGAGAAAGCUGCUACCGACUCUCAGCACAGCUGUUUUGCUUCAAUAAAAGCCGUGUUAAUAAGAUUUGACCUUCAGCGGUUAUAACUAUUUCUCCAGUUAAUCCAAUAGCUGUGUUUUUGAUGGGUCAGAUUACUUCUUUUCUCAUUACUUUCCAUUACCAUGCAGUAAUGGAAAUGUUAGAAAUUGGGAUUGGUUAUGGCUUUGCGAAGGCGAAUCUGAGUCUGAACCUCUGCUGUACUGAAUUCUGGACCGUACUGAUGACAGUGGCAUAUGUAUGAGAUUUAAUGCAAUAUAGAAAUGAAUCAUCCCUAGGCACUUUGUAACUCAAGAGUGGCCAACAGAUAUCCAUCUGGCAGGCAAUGCAUUGUGGGGCUUGUAGUCCUGCAACAGCUGGAUGGCUGUUUUUAGUCAUACAUGCUCCCUGACUGUUAUAUAAUGCAUUAUCCUUGGAAUUCUAUUUUGGAUCCCAUGUUGAAGGGUUGGCAGUAUGGCAAGCUGGUGGAAGCUGCACCUAAUCUUGUAUGGAGGUGUUUGUUGUUUUGCUGUUGUUUUGUGGGUGUUAUCCUUUCCACUACCUGUUUCUACUUUUGUAACUGUGGGUUAAUGUUUGUGUAGUGUUCUCUCUAAGGUGGAAAAAAAAAUGCAAUUGAGAAAUAGUACAUAAAACUCCAAAUCCAAUUUCAGCAUCACUGCCUAAGUCUGUUUGAAUUUAUUUCCUGCCACAAUGAUUUAAUGUACCUGCUGGGUUCAGCUCUAGAAAAUCUUGCAGCCAGAGGAAAAGCAUUGGGUCAGAUGAUGACACAGCUGCAUUUUCUCACUGACUGGGUUCAUUCCAUUAAAUCAUUCUGGUUUGCUGUAUACAGAUUGGCGACUUACACACGCUAUAAAGGAGAAAUUACUCACAUUGUAACAUAUUUUACAACAGAAGCUUUUACAUUACUGUUAAAUCAGUGGUUCUGAUACUAGAAUUAUUUUUGUUUCCCCCACUUGGCUCUGUUCUGAAGAGCUUACUAUCUAACGUUAGAGCCGAGCUGCAAACAGGCAGAUCUCCCCUAGGAAGCCCUAUUUUCCUCCAACAUCUAUCAAGUUUCAUUCAGGGUAGGAAAAUACACAGAUGUUGUCACAGAUGGUUAGAGCUCAGGGUCCAAACAAAAAAAAAAUAAGUUAAUGUUAAUAAUUUCUCUGAGGACUCCACCACGUAUCAUAUCAUUUUACCAAACAUAUCAUUAGUAGUAAAAUGAGUCUGAGGACGCUGUCUACAAAUUUUCAUGCUGGUAAUUGGCAUAAUCUGUAUACUCAACGGCUGCCUGUAGAUGUUGAGUUUUUGUGUGUUUGUCCUGCAAACCGGAUUUAGAAAUCUUCCAUGAUAUGCUGCAUAAUCUCCCGGAGCAAUACUUGGUUCUCAGGGCAACUCGAGAUGAGGAAUAAGAGCAAAAAAUAACAGUAUACACUUUAAAGUAAUUCAACUCUACUAUCUUUCACUUCUAAUUAUUGGUUUCCAGUUUUGGUUUAAGAAUAACAAUUAUUUAUAUAGUGCUGGAAAUUCUGCAGUUCAGUUCAAUAAAUGUACAUUCUGUUAAAUGCAGAGGGUUGUAUAGUGCAAUUUCCAAUGAGUUCUGAAUUCUGGCCUGCUAUAUUCUUGAAUUAUUCUUUUAAUAUCAAAAACCAUUUUCUUUAUUUUUACGUUGUGCUGGCCAAAUUGUAAGCCAACAGAGAUGAAUAAAUCGCGACUUCUUAAGGGGAGCAGUCAUUUCACAGAAUUUUUAAUAUGUUUACUCAUUCCUGUCAUAGAGAUUUAUGAAGUGUGAUAAAAAUAAAAUUAAAUGUUGAAAUCUGUACCUUUUUAUCCUGCAACGGAGCAUCUCCAUCUUCAGCUCCCUGUCAGUCAUUGUUAUAAGCUCUGUCCCUUGCACCUCUUCGUCAGCAUUGAGAAAGUAUACAGAAUAGCGUAGAAAAUAAACAAUGUUUCCAUUUCCCCUCUUGAUUUGCAAUGUGACCCCUGUCUCUGUGUUGCCUGAACUUAAUAACUAAACCUAAAGGAACACUACAAACACUGAUAACCACUACUGCCCGCUGUUGUAGUUUAUGGUGCCCAGAGUACCCUGGUAAGCCUGUAUCCCUGCCACUCACCCCUCCUUUGUAACCCGGGGUUCACUGGGCACUGCUUACUGCUUCUACUUCUUUAGAGAGUCGAAAGCUCCAAUGCAGGGGCUUCUGUUAGCUCUACUUGGCUGAGCCACUUUUGUUUCUGCUUAUGCAGCCCAGGUUGUGACUCACACAGCCUGCAUGAAAACAAUGGUUUUACUUUCAAUCAGAUGUUAACUUGCUUUAGACAUUUUUGUCACCUGCUCUGUAAAUUGAACUUUAAUCACACACAGGAGACUCCUGCAGGGUAAAUAAGGCUAUUAACAGAGCAGGAGAUAAUACAUUUCAAACAGAAUGUGCACAGCAGGAACAACUUCUUUUCAGGAUGUGUUAAGGAAUGCUGUGUAAAUCACACACAGGGAGGUGUGCCCGUGGCUGCAUAAACUAAGUGAUUUAACUCCCAAAUGGCAGACAAUUGAGCAGUGGUACUGCAGGUGCAUGAUCUACACACCAAGUUGUAUUGGUGCCUAUAUUGCCCCCUUAACCUGAAUAAGAGGAUACUGAUUGUUGAGCCUCUUCCUGGUGAGGGUGGGUCUCUCUGCUACUGAGUCUUGGUGUGGAAUUGCCAGUAGCUUUAAGAAACUUAAAAAUAAUGUGUUGUUUUUUUUUUCAUUUAUUCUAUUUAUGUUUACAAUACCUGCACGAUGAUUAAAAAUUAGUUACUUUUUGACCACAUAGUUUACUAAUACCAGGUAGCUACAUGUGGCUACCUUAUUCCUUCUCCCGGUAGACAUUUAAUGUGAGGACUCCCAGGACCACCUAAUAACCUGAAGAUAGCACUGGACAUCCUCCUGUCUUCUCCUUGCAAUGUGUGUGGCUGACAGAGUUAAUAUAACAGUGAUUAGGUCAGUGUCAGCCCAUAUAUCUGUACAUUUCUUCCAUAAACAGUACCAUGGAUUACUCCAAUACAGUACCCAUAAACAAAAUUCAUUUUGUCCCUUUUCCUUUCAAGGCCCCAUGCCUAACGUAGCAUGUGAUGUCACUCUUGGAAGGGAAUGGUCUGAAAGAUUAAGUAUUUAAAACAUUUUAAUAACAUGUGCGGUAUGAUCGGAGCAGUGGAGAUCCUUGCACUCUAUGCAAGAAAGCAGCUCCUUUAAUAAUGACAAUGUUCUAUAGCUUUUGUCCCCUUGAUAUUCUAAGGGGUUGUUUGCAAAGAGGAUUUCUGGGGUAAGUUAGAGCAGUGUGCAGGAAAACAAUUAAUUGGUUUCCGUAGCGAUGCUCUACUUUUAGAGUUUUUUCCAGAGUUGCUCUGAAUGCUUUUCGUAUAGCUAGAAUUAAACAAUUACAAGGGCAAAAAAAGAAAUAAAAUGAAAUCUCUGAGAAAAAUAUAUGAAUUCUGGGUGAAUUUCUACUUGUCCGCACUCAAUAUUUUGUUGCCAAUGGCUCGCCAGCAAGUAGAAAUUUUGACCCCUUGUCUCCAGUGACAUGAUUUAUUUGAAAUAAAAAAAAGUCAGGGGGUUUCGAGAGAAGAUUAGCCAAUCACUUGGAAAAUUGAGUUUGCUUUAGUUUAAAUAAUACGUUACACAAGUAUGAUGUGUGGGUGUUCGUUUCUGUAGGUCUGGCUGGGAGUUUGAAGGAGCUACAAUUGUUUACUGCCCUUCCCGGAAGACAUCUGAGCAAGUUACAGCAGAGCUGCUUAAACUGGGCAUUAAAUGUGGCACUUACCAUGCCGGCAUGGGGAUCAAAGCAAGGAGGGAAAUACAUCAUCGGUUCAUGAGGGAUGAACUCCAGGUAAGGUCACAGAUCUCACAGAAUCUCAACAUUCUGUCUACAAAGCCCGGAUCUCUGAUCAACCAGUGAAUAAAGCCCAUUUACUCUUUUUUUAAAUUAAAUUUAUAUUCAUUUUAUUUUCUAUUAAUGGUAUAAAGAAAGAAAUGUAGAAAAUGCAAGGAGAAUGUAGGUGUUCAAUAAGGAAGUUUUAUAGAAACGGUGACACAUACGUGUGAUUAUAAAUCGCAUCUUCAUUGGUAGUUUCCAGCUAACUGGAUUAAUGUGAUCAUUGUAAUUGUGAGGAAUGCAUACUUGCAAGGUAAUGCGCUAAACUCCGAAUGUCCCCACACCCAAAGGGUCAAAACUGUCUGGCGCUGUACAGGGCCAUUCGCAAUGUAAAAUCCAUACGUUGUUUACACUUUUUAACAAUGUCUGAAUUUUGCAGAGCAGGCUCCAAACGAGCCUGAAUUUGGUCCAUAGUUUAGCGAGACUGAACGCUACCAGACAGCUGAAAUCUUGACCCAGAUGCUUCAAAGAAAUCUGAACUAUCUGCAUGCUGAACUGGGAGCCAGCAGGCAAAUAGUUAAACAAAAAAAAACCUCUGUGGUGUAAGGGUUCCUGUGGCAACUGGCCAGCACUUGAUAGCCAGCCAACACACAAGAAAAAGUGUAAAAUUAAAUAAAUAAAAUGCCUAUGAGGGUCAAUAUGACUCCCAUAUUAUUACAGGGAAGGUUAAAAACCUCCCUUAUGCCCCUACCUAACAAUAUAUGCUUUAAUUAGCUUUAAUUAACAUAUGCUUUAAAGGGAAACUAUAGUGCCAGGAAAACAAACUUGUUUUCUUGGCACUCUAGCUUCCCCCUCAGUCAAGGCCACUCUUCACCCCCCCCACGCCCCCCCCGUGUUGCAGAAGGGGUUAGAAACCCUUUCUGUCACUUACAUUGGUUCAGCACUGAUGUCCCUCAGUGCUGUCUCGGGGCCAACUUCACUCCUCCCCUGCCGACGUCAGCCACUGGAGAAGACCUAGUGCACGUGCGCGGCAAUGGCCGCACUCACAUUAAGAUUUCCCAAUAAGGUUUAUGGUGACGCUGGAAGUCCUCAUAAAUAGGCCGGUGAGAUAGCUCAGUUGGUCAUGAGUAGAAUCUGUUUAACCCUUGGGUCGCAGGUUCAAAUCCCGGCAGGGUUGACUCAGCCCUUUAUCCUUCCGAGGUAGAUAAAUUGGGUAAUAGUAACAACCCCUGGAUGUUGGGCUAAGGUAACAUCCCCAGGUCGUACUUGAAAACCAAAGUAAUCUGAAUGUACCUUUCCUGGUUUAAUACUUUGUUGUUAUUUUCAUUAUUAUAAAUAGCGCAAGGACAUCCAGUGUCAUUUAGGCGACCAAAAGUCGGAUAACCACCUAGAAUUCCCUCUAGUGGCUGUUUGGUUGAAAGCCACUAGAGGCGGAGUUAACCAUAGCAGGUAAUUAUUGCACUUUAUUAAAAAACAAAAUAAUUACAUGCUCAGGCUUAAGGGUGAUGGGACACUGCACCCAAACGACUUCAAUGAGCUGAAGUAGUCUGGAUGUCUACAGUGUCCUUUUAAUUAGCUUUAAUAAGUAUGAGCGUUUCCAUUUUGGUCUGAAUUCAACCAUUUUCUCCGAAAUCCAGUAUUUAGUAAAUUACCCUGCUUGUGGAUUACUGUGAUACCCAGUCUGCCAUGGCACUUCUAGUCUGCACUGAUAAGCUAAAGUGAACGUUCAUAGCAAUAUCAACAUUGUGCAACUUUAGAUAUUAUUGGUUGUUAUUGUUAGACUGUUGUGUGUUUAGGUUUAUUUUUUGGAUUUGUUAAUGGUUAAUCAGAAAUAAAACACACUGCCAGACAAUGUACACGAAAAGGGAAAAAUGGCUGCCUUACAAAUGCACACUGAUAUAUAGUAAGAAAUAUAAACAGUGGACUAAGGAAAAUACGACCUGCUUGUCCUGAACUGCUUGAGAUUGAUGGGAGUAACACUUCUGGGCAUCUGCUGCUGUCAUAAAUUUAGUUACUACCCCAUUAAUGUGUUCGGAGAGGAGCUAGUCAGUCAGAACUGUGCCAUUUCUGAAAGUGAAUUUAAAAGUAUUCAAGCUCAUAGCAGAAUGAGCUCAUAAAGCAAUAACUGGUGUUCUCAUUAUUAUUAUUUUAAAUCUUAUUUAUAAAGCGCCAGCAAGUUCCGUAGCGCUGUACAAUCGAUGGACUAGCAGACACGUAUUUGUAACCAGACAAGUUGGACGCACAGGAACAGUUGGAUUGAAGGCCCUGCUCAAUGAGCUUACAUGUUAGAGGGAGUGGGGUAUAGUGACACAAAAGGUAAGGGUAGGUUUAAAAAGUACGUUGCUAGGAUAGUAUUCGCUGAGGGCUUAGGGUUUUGUUUUGAUGACAGUUGCAGGAGAGGAAUCAGGGUGCGGGGAGGGAAAGCUGUUCACAGUUUAAUUGAUAUGCUUUCCUAAAGAAGUACGUUUUCAAAGUUUUCAGAGUGGAGACUGGGUGAAAAUCCGAGAGGGUAAGGGCAUUCCAUAAGUAUGGUUCAAGACGAGCAUCAGACGUAGGAGCCUCGUUCAUUGAGCGAUUAAUAUAAGUUACAAAAGGGUCUUGAUUCAAAUAACUUACAUUAUAAUUGUAUAUUUACCAAUAUUCCUUUUGCAUUAAUUGUGAAGCGCUCUUGGUAAGAGAGCUCCAUCAGAACUGUUUAAUAAAUAAAUAAGCAGUCUAGAGUAUGAUGCAGAAUAUUAACCGCUGUUUUGUUUCCCUACCAGUGUGUUGUGGCUACAGUUGCUUUUGGCAUGGGCAUAAACAAGGCAGACAUUCGCAAAGUGAUCCACUAUGGGGCCCCUAAAGAAAUGGAGUCAUACUACCAGGAAAUCGGUCGAGCUGGAAGAGAUGGGCUUCCUAGUUGCUGUCAUGCACUGUGGGCUCCAUCAGAUAUGAAUUUUAACAGGUGAAUAUAUUCUGGUUCUUGUGAGUUUUGUUAAACAAUAUAUAACUUUUCUUUCUUCAGAGAGGAAGCGCGAUUGAAAUCUAUGACAUAUUUGAUAGGUGUCAGACAGCCAUAGCAACACCAAAAUGUGACCUGAUUGCCAUAAUUUGCCAACCCAUCAGUCAUUAUAGAUCAGAAACUAUACUCUGAUCUGCACAUCGGUCACACACACACACUCUCCUGAAGGGUUUGUGGGAUGAAGUGGGUUGGUGGGGCUGUUUACUGAACCAUGAUUUGCCGUCAAUGCCAAUGUAAUGUUUUUUUAAAAUGUUUAUUAUCUUUUCCGCCCAUUUUCCUAGACACAUGUUGAAUGAGAUACAAAACCAGCAGUUUCGGCAGUACAAAUUGAAAAUGUUGGGGAAGAUGGAAAAAUACCUAAAUUCAAACAGCUGCAGGCGCAAGUAUGAGUGCUUUUUGUUUUAGUCUGUUGUGUUAGUCUUAGUAUGUUUGUGCCUUUGCAUAUGUUUAUAGUAUCUGCAUGCCAUGCUUUGGUGGCUUAAAGGGACACUAUAGUCACCAGAACAACUACAGCAUAUUGUAUUUGUUCUGGUGAGUAUAAUCAUUCCCUUCAGGAUUUUUGCAGUAAACACUGUUUUUACAGAAAAAAUACAAUGUUUACAUUACAGCCUAGGGAUAACUCCACUGACCACUCCUUAGAUGGCUUACUAGAUGUGCUUCCUGGGGCAGUGCUGUACAGUGUGCAGCACUGCCAUUCAGUGUCCCCUCCCUUUGCAUGGAGACACUGAACUUUCCCCAUAGAGAUGCUUUUAUUCAAUACAUCUCUAUGAGGAGAUGCUGAUUGGCCAGGGCUGUGUUUGGCUCUGCCACUGAUCUGCCUCAGCCAAUCCUAUGGGAAAGCAUUGUGAUUGGCUCAGAAUAACACUUCUGAUGAUGUCAGCCAAGCAGGCAGAUCGGGGCAGAGCCAGCAGCUGCAGACUUGAACAAAAGUAAGAUGUUACUAUAUUUAGGGAGGCAAGGGAAGGGGGCAGGGGGGCUAGAUUGUGGUUUUAACAGUAUAGGGUCAGGAGUACAUGUUUGUGUUCCUGACCCUAUAGUGUUCAUUUAAGGAACCUGGAAAUAUUGAUGACUUUGCUUUUAUUUACUUUUUCCUCCAGAUAUUUAAUUCCAAUUGGAGCGCAUAUGUUAAUGUAAAACUUCUUAGUAAACUCACGUGGUUUUCCCUAUUGGGGAAAAAAAACAUCCUAUGUCUGUUUACAAAGGAAAAUAAUUCUUAAAAGGCUAUGCAAAUUACCCACAAAACUUAAUCGUAAUGUAGCCAUUUUUGUGCAUAGACCCUUUUCCUUUUCAGUGGUAAUGUUAAAUAGCUUUUCAUUAAAUAUCAAAGGUCUUCAUGUUCGUCAUCAUUAUGCACAGCUUGAUGACACUUAACACUAACAAUGCUUCUUGUGAGCUGCAAAUCGUGCAAGAAUCAGCCAGCCCUUAUAGAAAGUAAGAUCUCUCUGACGCGCAAGUUUAGCUACUAUUGCUUAUGCCAUGUUUGUUUCAACAUUUUAAUAAGGCAAUUACAUCACUAAUGCGAACAUACAAUUAACCAGCGUAGUCAAUAUGUAACAACUGUACAACAACAAGAAAACCUUAACAACUAAAGCUGUGUUUAAACUUUAGGGCCGUUAGGUCACUGGCCUUUUAUUCUUCCAGGGUAAAUAAAAUGAGAGCUAUUGCGUUAACUAAUAACACAGUAACACAGUCUCUAGAAGUUAUAUGUUUGAAAAUGAGAAAAGAUCUCCUUGUUUUCUCUGUGACAAAAACUUGUUUUAAGAAUUAUUUGCAUAGACAUAGUGUUUCCGUUUUGGUGUGGCCUGAUCCUGUCUGUAAUAGCUACAUAGUUACUAUAUAUAGUGCUCACAUGUAUAUAUCUUCAUCCAUUUUGCGUCUAGUUUGCAAUAUGUUUUGUUAAAUCCUAAACUUACACUACUGUCUGUGAAUUAAACCAAGACAAAUAAUUGCCUCCCCUAUGAUUAAAUUAAUGAAGAUGAUUUAGUGCCCCAUUGUAGUCAUUCAAUUUAACAUGUAAGUUCUUGUUCUUUUUUAUUUACCCCGUUAUGGUCCCUUGGGUAGAAUCAUCUUGUCUCAUUUUGAAGACAAACAACUCCGCAAGGCCACCUCAGGCAUCAUGGGAACAGAAAAAUGCUGUGAUAACUGCAAGACCAGGUAAAUACUCUUCUCCGGAGGAUAAAUAUCAGGGCAGUUUACUAUAUGCCUUUGUCUACUUUUGAGUUUGGACGGUUUGCGCACAUCAAUAACUAGUUCCUUUAGUUUUAGUGGUGUAAAUGUAUCUCUGUUUGAUCCACACAUAUAAUUUGCCUCUGAAACAGGCCACAUGUCAAAAAUAUUUUCACCCGUACUUCCUUCAAAUCUAGAACUUCUCUAUACUGCAUACUACUGCCGAAAUACCUUCUGUGCUCACUCACUGCCACUCUCCACCUCCACUACUUCAGAAAGAGAGUCUGAAGCUCUCGGUCUGAGCUAUGCCUAGCAGUAGAACUUUGAUCGUUUGCUGAAAAAGAUCAGAUGAUGCCUUUAAACAAUGUGUUAGCACUAAACAACAGGAAGAUCUCCUUGCAGGAGAUUCUGACUCUCUGUUUGAAGUAUUGGGGGCAUGGGAAGUGGAGGGCAAUCCACAGCACUCCUGGCACCACAACCACUACAGCGUGCUUUAGUGAUUGUGCUGCAUGGAAGUUUCUUUAACAAUUCACUCUUCAUCAUAGCUGUUAUGGAUUACAUGUGUGACCAAAAGCAAACUGGAACAAAAUGCAGAUCCAUUUGGGCUCUGUGUUCUCCCUCCUCUGUAACUGCAAUGUUACACGUCUGGCUUUGAGACCACACACAACAGGAAACAAAGACACCAAACACAGUGCAGUAUGAAUACAGUGCAAUGACUGAGAAGCAAUUAAUUAAUUAAAAACUAUUUCAAUAAAAAAAUAGGAAUAAAUGGAAAAACAAAGCUUGAACAUUUACAUUGUAGUUACUUUGGGCUAAACUUUCAAAGUAUGGGCCAGGAGUAGCCAUUCCAUUAGCCCCUGUAUUAAUGGAUCACUAUUGCAUUAGGUAUACACACCUGUUUUCCUAAUGCCAUAGUACCAGAGUUGCAGGUUAGUUUUAAGUACCCCCCUUUAGUAACAACCUGGAAAAAAGGUUGUACUUAACUUUUCUUAGUGCCAGACUCUCUACCUCCUGCGAUGUUCUGUUAUCUCGUUAUAUAUUUCAGGGGACCUUUAUAAGGACACUCUAGGCAUCAGAUGGUGGAUCACUACAGGUUGUGUAUCAUUAUCCAAUCUGUACAUUUUCUAUUUCAUGUUUGUUAGUUCUAUGAUAUCUCCAAUGUUUGUAGCGUUUUCAGGUACACAGUUCGUGUGAGUCCCUCAUGCUCUGAUUCUCUGAUAAAGUUACUUAUCAUAAUUUGUGCUUCUUCCUAUUGAUCAGUAUUCUUCUAACUCUUUAGUAGUGUUUUAAUCAGAUAAAUAUAUCGAUGAGUGACAAUCUAAAUAAAGGACUAAUAUUUAAAGGGACAUUCUAGGUACCAGAACCACUACAGCUUAAUGUAGUGGUUUUGUGCAAGGAGAUUGUCUCUGUAGACUAAGCAAUGUAAACACUGCCUUUUCUGAGAAAAACCUUGACAAAGGCCCUAAGGGGUUGAAAUGUUGCUGUUUGAUUCCUUGUUCCAAUAAAGAUUGCCUAUAUUUUGGAAUUCGCUGGAGGGCCUGGAUUAUUUUCUAUAUCCAAGUGUUUAUAAUGCUGUCCUAAGCCACCUCUAGUGACUGUCACUCAGAUAGGCACUAGAGGGACUUUCUGGCUGCAGUCUUGCAAAGAUUGCAGAAUGGGAGGUUCAGCAUCUCCACGCUCUUCAUUGAGUCAAUGCAUCUCUAUAAGAAUAUGCCGAUUGGUGCCUGUGCACUUUUCCCCUCCCCUCCCUAUGGGGAAACAAUGUUUUUUUUUUUGUUGUUGUUUUUUUUAGGGUUGUUCAUCAGUAAAAGCACACAGUGUACAAAAGCACCUUGUAUAAACAAUAAGAACAGGUUCAUGUACAUUUAUUGUACUUGUAGUGCAAUAAUAUUGAAUUCUCUGAAUUAUUUUAUUACAUGAUGAGGGUAAAAAAGUCAGUGAUGAGUAAAAGAUAAGAAAAAAAAUAGGUAAAGAGAAGUUGUCCUUGCUUGUGUUAUUUAUUAAAUAUUGUCCCUUUUGGUUUUCAAUAGGUUAAAAUUGAAUCUUUCAUUCAAUGAAACAGAGGACAACCUACAAGACUUCGGACUGCUGGCUUACAAGUUGAUAUCAGCAGUAGAUGCUUUGGGUGGGAAAUUUGGAACUGGUGUACCAGUCCUGUUUCUCCGUGGAUCGGUAGGUAUUCAUCUAUUGCAAAUAACAUAUAGUGCUGCACCUCUUAUCAAUACGCCUAGCAAAAAUAACAGCUACGCAAUGAACAGGUAGUGUAGUAUAAGUUAUGGUUGUCGAACAGACAGCAAAAUGUAUAUGUUAAAGUUUUACCACUCUGUGGAAAAUAUACGUCUAUGUUUGGGAGCAUACAGAAAAUUUCCCCCCUUGUAGUCUGUGGUUGUAUCACUCUGAUAGCUAAUAGAUUACAUUUUCCUCAUCCCCACCACCCACAAAAAUGAUACACAUUCCCAAUAGGGAAAAACAAUAGGUGCACUUAAUAUAAUAAAAUAAUUUGUGCAAUAAUCCUUUGUCUGCAAAACACACUUUCUGGAAUUAUCAAGUUUCAUUUGUAGCUUUAAAUGUAUAUAGAAUAUAGAAUGCACACUAUAACAAUCUCAAAAAAAACUUUGCUUUAUUAUGUACAAAAAAGUACCAGAGUGAAAACAUAUAAGAAAAGAUAAACAAAGUGACAGAAGCAAGGGCAAACACAAUAAAACAAUAGUAAAUUACCACAAAAAUUCUUACAAGCCUCAAGACAGAAACACGAGUCACCAAACCCCCCAACGUUUCGGCACCAACUGUAGCUUUAUAAAUUAUAGGUUGUUUGAGUCUUAUAGUUAUAUGUGGGUGCUUUAUAAAUGAUGAAAGGGGGAUUAUCAGUGAAAAACAGGUACUAUUGUAGGUGCAAAGGGCUAACCGUUGAGAGACAUUCCUUUGAUUUUCACAAUGAAUUCCCCAUUAUUUAGCACUUUACCUCUUAUUUAGCACUUUUUGUAAUACACCCGUUUUUUGCCUCAAAAUAUUUCCUAAGAAACCAGCCAUUUUUGCAUUCGUUUUUUUUUUAUUCAUCAUUGAGUUGAGCAUUAUUGAAUAACCCUCUGUGUAUUUAAAAAGCAACAUCCACUUGUGUUGAUGUAUACUUUAUAAUAACAUAUUCAGAUUAAUCAAUAAAGGGACACUGCGGGUACUGUAACUUCAUCUCAUUGUACUGGUUAUAGUGUCUGGAGUCCCUUUGCGCCGUCCUUUCAUUUAGUGUUAAACCGUUUAACACCUAGAGUCCCCUGCAGCUGACCCCCUUCAGGGCUGCUUGGGCUAAUGAUUAAGCAUUUGCCUGAGUAUUACUGGGUGGCUUUGAUUGGCUGAAAGUGUCAGAUGACAGCCUUCAGCUGACUAGUGCACCCAUUGCUAGGCUGUGGACCGCCAAGAGCCCUCAUAUAGUCUGAAACAGCUUGCAAAUGGUUUAACACCAAAUCGAUGGACCGUGCCAGAGGAUUCUGUAACAAGUGCAGUGAGAAAGAAAUAGUCAUUCAGGGCACCCUGUAGCUGAGCAGAUCUGCUUUGGAUAUAGCAUUGUGCUCACGCUGUCAGCCUUGUGUGACAUGUUGCUGGAACACUCAUUCCCUGGACUGUGGAUAUGCAGGGAAUCCAGCCAGUGGGAAAAGGGCUCUGGGUUGUUGUGUAAUGUUUUGACCAGAAAGAAGUCUUAACUGUGAACACAGAUGCUUACAUAAGAAUUAGACUGGGGAAAAAAAAGGACACUUAAAAAAAAAAAAAAGUGUUAUUUUAUGUGUCAUGUGUUUCAAAAAAUCUGAAAUGCAAAAAACUGACUGUUCCUCUCCUGUGGACUGCAGCUAUCCCCAACAUUGUUUGGGCAAAAACGUGAGCAUGACAUCUAUAACCACUAUAUUGGCAUUUAACAGUUACAGUGUUCAAACGUGAAAGAAAACAAAACUAGCUGCAAACGUGUGUGUGCGUAUAUAUACACACACACACACAUUUUUCUUACCCCCUCAGUUUUCUGUGUUUUUAAUGUCAUGUCAGAACAUGUGCAUUUUAUGCUUUUUAAAGGUGGGCUUCAGUAAAUGUGGAUUUAUGACAACAAUUUGUACAGCUCAAUGUAUUUUUUGAAGCCUUCCAUAAAACGGUAUUGUAGUAAACAAAUUGCCACAUGCCAUGAAGAUGUCCAUUUUCAAACGUGCAUUGCACACUUAUGCAACAGAGUGUGCAUCUUCAUAUGUUCUUUGCACACCUCAUCAUUUAACAUCAGGCUAAACUCUGAAUAUUAUUAUUUUUUAAAUCCCAUCUGUAGUUUUUCUUCCCAUCUAUCCCUCUGAUAACUAGGUACAGAUGGGUGUCAGACAGUCUUGAAAUAGAUCACAGGAGGGUAUCUGGUUUCAGCUAUUAUCUUUAAAUGUAGUCACUCUGUUGUACUGAGCAAGUUCUCCCGGGAACUUUCAAAUUAGGAAGUUGCUUUUAAUGAAAUUUUAUACUACCUUUGUAAUGAGGAAACACACAAGACCUCUCCAGCAAGACAACCCUCCAAAGUAAACAAAAAAACCAAAUUUCAUAAUAAGUGGUUUGUCUUGUCUGAUCACAUUUAAUGAGAUGUUGCUGAACUGAUUCGGUUUAGACCCAAAUCACAAAACGCAACACUCGUUACAGAUUUGUCAUUUUCAAUCUUCUGUACUUUUACUGUUAUUAAGAUAUCAGUUUCAUCUUAUUAUUCAGCUGCACAGUUUAUAUUUAUUUAUGUAAUUAAUGGUCGUCAUAUUCUCAUUGUUAAUAAAAGCUGCUUAUCUAAUUGUUUUUCUUGGUUUAAAAAUGCACAAUCUCUAAAGUUUUUGUAGGGUGUGAGUAGAAAGGGGAACUAAUUAAAGUGUUGAUUUUUUUAAAAUUUAUUAUUUUUUGUGUGUGUGGAUCCAACACUUUGGCAAUGUUUUGAUGACUUAUAUAAACAUUAUUUUAUUUCAUGUUUUCAGGCAAAUCUAACGUUGUUAGUUUUGGCUUAAUUUAGUUAGUUAAUGUAGUUAGUACACUGACCUAAGUGAUUUAUUCAAUAAAGAAUGAAUUCAAGUGAUGAGUGAUGAGCUAGUUACAAAGAUAUCUUUAUCCUAGGAAUUAACAUAGGAUGUUCAGGACAAAAGACUGACUCCAUAAACACAAGCAUUAUUUCUAGAAACGUCUUUUAAUUUGCGAUUUUCAAACAUGUAUUAGUUAAAGGGAUACUCUUGGCAGCAAAACCACUUUAGCUUAAUGAUACAGUUCUGGUGUAUUGUCCAUGUCCCAAUAGUCUCACUGCCCAAUUCUCUGUCAUUUAGGAGUUAGAUCACUUUGCUCAUGUAGCCAUAGCUGCACCGCCUGAGCUUGUGACUCCAUGGAAAAAAAAGGUUUAAUUUUCAAACUGAUCUUACAGCACAGUGUGUUUACUUUAGAAGCUAUCUACUCCUCUGUUAAAUGAACCUUAAUAGCAGGGUUUAGCAGGCAGUUAACACAGCAGAAGUUCUAAAUUAAAUAUGCUGUGCAGUAAAAUUUAGAAUGUUUUCAGGAAUUGUGUAGGGAGGCUGUGUGCACUGGGCACAUUUUGGAACAAAAAAUAUGUAAUGUGGUACAGUAGUGUGUGAAUGGAAUGUUUGUUUUGAAGGUUAGUAUAUAAAUGCAGUGCUUGUGAUUAAGGUCGUGUGUGAAUCCAAUGUUUCUGAUUAAGGUUAGUUUGUGAAUUCAAUGUUCGUGUUCUUGCUGUUGACCAGUAUAUAAAUGUGUAAACGAGUGUCUGUAUGCGAGGGUAUUGGUUAGUAAAAUUUGUGUGAAUUAAAUGUUUGUUUUGAAGGUUAGUAUAUAAAUGCAGUGCUUGUGAUGAUGGUUUUGUGUGAAUCCAAUGUUUCUGAUGAAGGUCAGUGUGCAAAUUCAUUAUUAGUGUUCUUGCUGUUGGCCAGUAUAUAAAUGUGUAAACAAGUGUGUCCGUAUGUGUAAAAAAUAGGAAAUAUUUCUGUGUCGUGCCAUCUUGUGUUAUAACAGGAGUGUUUUGAAGUGUUGAUGAUGUGAAUGAAUUCAGUGGUUUAUCUGCACCCUUUUCCAUUUCCCAAACCAUACCACUAGCAGUCUACAUGCUACUAGUCCUCCCCCUGCGAUUGUUUGUCGUACAUAACCAUGUUGUCUUUUUUUUUUUCUUGCUACUUCACUUGCACCAACUACAUCAUCUAGGUUGAAUCUACUAGAAAGUAAAUUAUAUUUUUUUUCCUAAAUGUGAGUGGAGCCUCUAAUGAGAUUUAAUAAUUUCUUGUCUGGCUUAUUUGAAAUCUAUCUCUAUCUCUGCUGCUAAACAGCAAGCAUAAGCCAUGACUGUUUUAGUAAAUUCCUGGUAAAAUGAAAGAAACAGACUCGUUAUAUAUUCUCCAAAUCAUGUUUAUUUGUUUUAACCGAUACAACACAAAUAGCAUAGGACGCAAAACUUGUAAUAUGUUGAGUGAGGAAUUAGAAGGUACCCAUGAAUCUCAUCUUGAUUAUCUUAAAAUAAAAACAAGUAAAAAAUAACUUAAUAAUUUUGUGCGCUAUGGCACACACAUGGAUUCAUUAGAACGGCUAACAUGUUUUAAAGAGGUAUCUUGGUGGGUACAGAUGGAAGGUUGAUUAUCCAGCUAUACCAUGUAUUAUCUACCCAAAAGAUGAUGGAACAAGCAGCAAUUUUAUUAUAUUUUUCUUAUUACUUUUUCGUAAAUGUGCUUGGAGGUCUCCAUUACUAAGUUGUAGAAAGAAAUGCAUAUGUAUACAGUAUUUUUUUACACCCAUGCAAUGUGGUUUUACAGAACUCCCAGCGUUUGCCAGAUAGAUAUCGCUGUAAUCCUCUUUAUGGAAAGGGCAAAGACCAAACCGAGGUAUUCUGGAAAGCUUUGGCAAGACAGCUUAUCAACGAGGGAUUCCUUCAAGAAUCUUCUGGACAUAAUAAGUUUGCAACCUCGUGUGACCUUACUAUGAAGGUAAUAUCUAUUAUUUCAACUGCAAGAUAAUUUCAUUGUGAAUUCUGGGUGCUCAUUACUUUUUCCUCUGUUCUGUAGGGCAGGAACUGGGUUAGCAAAGCUGCAAAUCAAUCCUGUCCAAGCUUGCUCCUACAGCCUUGUGAAGAAUUGUGUCCUCCACGACUCACUGUUUCUAGGUACCUUUUACAUGACACCAAAAUCUAAUACAAUACUAGUAGUAUACUAUAACUACUGCAUGUUACAAACUUGGUAGAUAGCUGUUUCAAACAAUGUGACCUGAAAUUCCCUUUCAUCGCCUCUAUUUAAAUCACACAAAUGUUGCAUAUAUUUUCUGCAUUAUCAGAGCUUAGCUGUACUCACUAACCAAGCUGCAUUUAUAUAUCUUUUAAUGGGCACUGAUACCGUAAAGAGCCCAUUUCUUUUCUGACACCAUUUAGCAUCUGCGGAUGAUGUCACAUUAUCUUUAAAAAGAUUUCAGGUAUAUUUAUAAAGAUUUCAGAUUUUCUGUACUACAAAUAAAGUAAAGCUUUUUUAAUAGUUAUUUCUGAACUAUACACACAUAUCUUGAUUUAAAUAUUAAAAGCACUAAUUACGUAUUUAUUUUAGAGUGUGAAUCAAGAUGUGUCUCAGGCUUUCUCCAAAAAGUAACACAGAUGGAGAAAAUCUCCAUUUUUUUUUUUUCCUUCUGUUGUUCAGCACAACCAUUUGGUUAAAGGAGCUCUCCCAAACAUUAUAAUCACUACAGCCUGCUGUAGUGGUUCUGGUGCAACGAGUGCCCUUGUGAGCUCCUAGGGUAAGCAGACCCCAGGUAACUUGUCAAGCCAAACCAAAACAGUUUGACUAGUUACCCAGCGAUCGUGCUACUGAACAUGGAACCAUGAUACUUGGAGUGUUCUUUUAAUGAACCCCAAAUAAAAUUUAUGGUUUAUGAAAUAAAUUUUCAUUUAGACACACUGAAAAGUCAGACUUUUACAAUUUUUAAAGGACCACUAUAGUGCCAGGAAAACAUACCCGUUGUCCUGGCACUAUAGUGCCCUGAGGGUGCCCCCACCCUCAGGGUCCUCCUCCCGCCUGGCUCUGGAAGGGGGAAAGGGGUUUAAACAUACCUUUUUCCAGCGCUGGGCGGAGAGCUCUCCUCCUUCUCUCCUCCUCUGUUCCGCCCCGUCGGCUGAAUGCGCACGCGCGACAAGAGCUGCGCGCGCAUUCAGCCGGUCGCAUAGGAAAGCAUUUUCAAUGCUUUCCUAUGGACGCUGGCGUGCCCUCACUGUGAUUUUCACAGUGAGAAGCACGCAAGCGCCUCUAAUGGCUGUCAAUGAGACAGCCAGUAGAGGAUUAGGGGGAAGGCUAAACUACCACAACAAGAGGACAUAGUCUUAAAUUAGAGGGACAAAGGUUUAAAAAUAAUAUCAGGAAGUAUUACUUUACUGAGAGGGUAGUGGAUGCAUGGAAUAGCCUUCCAGCUGAAGUGGUAGAGGUUAACACAGUAAAGGAGUUUAAGCAUGCGUGGGAUAGGCAUAAGGCUAUCCUAACUAUAAGAUAAGGCUAGGGACUAAUGAAAGUUUUUAGAAAAUUGGGCAGACUAGAUGGGCCGAGUGGUUCUUAUCUGCCGUCACAUUCUAUGUUUCUAUGUUUCUAUGCUUAACCCAUUAAUAAACAUAGCAGUUUCUCUGAAAGAAUGGGUUAACCCUAGCUGGACCUGGCACCCAGACCACUUCAUUAAGCUGAAGUGGUCUGGGUGCCUAGAGUGGUCCUUUAAGGAGCAACUGAAGCUAUCAUUAUAAAAAAACAACCCACAAAAAAAACUCCCUUCUCCUGUACAUACAUAUACAGAUAGCAAAAGGUAUAUCACUACUUUGCUAAGAAAUUAGAACAUAAAGAACAUAGGAAUUAAUAUGCCACAGCGGCUUAUGUAUUGUUGGAUUGUGCCACUCUAGAAGUUGUCAUAGUAUUCACGGCAGGCAGACAGAACACAGCACAGAGGCAUUUACUGAAUCAUAUGUAUAGAAUAUAAAUGUUAUGUGCUUUUAACGUGAUGAUUGCACUUGUAGCAACAGUAAGUAACACGUAUAGUCUUUCAGAGAAUAGAACAUUUAUGGGAAGCACUACUGAAUCAUUUCUAAAUAUAUAUUUUUUUCUUUUCUGUUCUAUUAAGCAAUCUUCCAUCACGUUCACCUUCAGUAAGGCAGCCUUCUCAAGAUGCAAGGUCAGAUAAACCUGCAGCAGAUAUCCAGGUCAGUCUCUUGUUUGUGGAUUCACGUGUCAAUUGUUUAAUAUUAAGAAUUAUGUGAUUUAUUCUAAAUAUACAUUUACAGAAAACGUUGAAGGGUAAAUAUUCCUAUCAAGAAGCAGACAAACUUCCCAGAACUCCUAAAGUCUCCAAGAGCAGGUACCUUCAAUCAUACUCUUUGUUGUGUAUAUAUGAUGUACACAGCACAUGUGAUAUAGAUAAAAUUUCUGCAAAAUUGUGAUACAUUUUCAUUACAACUCACCAUUUAGUGAUACACACCUUAUUAUUCGCAUUUAUAUAGCACCAUCAUUUUCCUCACCUCUGUACGAUUUUACAGUGGGGUUAUUUAACAACAUUUAAAUUGACAGACAAAAUAAAUAGACUGUUACAAGAAGUGAAUAAGUCCCUUUUCCACGGAGCUUAAAAUCUAAGAAGAGGAGGUAACGGAACAUGUAGAGGUGAAUUAGCAAUGAAUGAACAGAGGAGAAGAAAAGAUCACUUGCGAAGCAAAAGGAGCAAGAAAUGGUACAUUUAUGAAUUAAAGAGAAACUCUAAGAAAGAGUGCAGUUGUUGAGGACUUGCCAGCUGUCCUGCACUGGCCCCAGUGUGGUUGGCAGGGAUAGUAUGCCAGAGCAUACUAUCUUUGUUUUAGUAUGGAUAUCUGCUGUGUUAGUGUAAUGGUUAAUGCUGGGUUACAGUUAAUGCUUUUUAGGGUAAGGGAUAGUGUUGCAUUAAGGUUAGGGUAGUGCAGAUUUAAUGUAAGCAUAGGGUAGGUGAAUUGUUGGUAUAGGGCUGGGGGGACGGGGAUUAGCGUUAAGGGGGCGUUAUAGGCACCUAGACCACUUCAUAUCAUUAAAGAAGUCUAGGUACAUUGCAGGAUUAGGACUGCCUCUAGUGGCAGAGAUACUAUAGUGUUAGGAAUAACGCUUUGUAUUUUUAACACUAUAUAGUGUUACUUUAAGUACCACAAAUUUAUUUAGAAUCUAGAAAUACAAGGCCUUUUCUGGCCAGUAUUUCUAAUACAGUGAAACACUUAAAUUACGAUAAAACAACAUUCUAGGUUUUGUUUUGGUUCAGAAGUUGGCCAAUUGCCUCCAUCCUUAAAGGACCACUAUAGUGCCAGGAAAACAUACUCGGGCUCUGGGGAGAGUAAGGGGUUAAAAUCUUACCUUUCUCCAGCGCUGGGCGGGGAGCUCUCCUCCUCCAUAGCGACGUCAUCGGCUGAAUGCGCAUGCGCGGCAGGAGCCGCACGCGCAUUCAGCCAGUUCAUAGGAAAGCAUAUACAAUGCUUUCCUAUGGACACUGGCAUCUUCUCACUAUGAUUUUCACAGUGAGAAGCACGCAAGCGCCUCUAGUGGCUGUCAAGAGACAGCCACUAGAGGCUGGAUUAACCAUAUUAUAAACAUAGCAGUGGUCCUUUAAGAAGUUAAUGCUUCACCAUACUUUUUUUUUUUUGUAAAUGAAAGUUUAAUUGACAUUCAGCAACAGCAGGCGUAAGCCAAUAAGGAAGGACACGCAGGUCCCCAAUUAGUACAGUUGUCUUCCAUUCCUCAUUUCCUUCCCCGUUUAGUUUUUUUGUGUUUUUGUUGUUGUUAUUUUAUCAAUUUAUCUUUUAUCUACUCUUUCCCUUCCUUUCUUUUACCCUUUCCUCUUCUCUCUCCUUCUUUUCAAUUCUUUCCUUGUCACCUGUCUUCAUUGUUUCCCUUCAUUGUUUGUUUUAUUUGCAAAGUAGCUAUAUAGGGCCAUUUCGUAAUUAGCCAAUGUUCUCCGAAAGGUACCAGUGCGUCAAAUACAGUUACAUAUAUACCGUAGACCAGGGGUUCCCAAUAAAGUUUUCCCGUGGACUCUUUGACAUAGUAUAUUAACAUCGUGGACCCCCCCAGAAAAGAAAUAAAUUGCGCCGUUUUUUUGUAUGUGCCGGUGUGUGUCAAGGUGUAUAUUUCUGUGCUUGUAUGUGCCAGCAUGUGUGUGUAUAUCUGACACACAGAUACACACAAACACAGUGGCACACAGAUACACACACCUUGACACACAGUGUGUGUGUAUAUCUAUGUGUCAAAGUGUGUGUAUCUCUGUUAGUAUGUGUCUGUGUAUCAAGGUGUGUGUAUCUGUGUUUGUAUGUGACAGUAUAUGAAUCUGACACACAGAUACACACACACUGACACAGAUACACACACUUUGACACAGUGUGUAUCUGUGUGUGUGUAUGUAUCUGUGUGUCAAGGUGUGUGUAUCUAUGUUUCAAAGUGUUUGUAUAUGUGCCGGUGCGUGUCAAGGUGUGUAUAUCUGUGUUUGUAUGCGCCAGUGUGUGUCUCUGUGUGUGUGUGUGUGUAUGUAUGUAUGUAUAUAUAUAUCUAUCUGACACACAGAUACACACCUUGACUCACAAAUACACACAGUAACAUAUACACACACUUGCACCCACAGAUACAUACUGACAUACACACACACAGGAACACACUGGCACAUACAAACACACUGGCACAUACAUACAAACACACAUUUAGAUACAUGCAGUGACACAUACACAAACCUUGACACACAGAUACACACACUGACACACUCAGACACACAUACUCUUUGACAGACACACAUACGCUCUAACUGUCAAAUACACAUACUCUUACAGGCACACAUACAAACACAUACACUCUCACUGACAAGAACAGGUACAUUCUCACUGACAAACACAUACACUAUCACACUCUCACUGACAAGCACACAUUCACUCUCACUGACAAACACACAUAUACUCUUUGACAGACACACAAACACAUACAAACUCCCUAACAGUCACACAUACAUUUUUUUUUUUAUUAUUUAACAUUUUACUCCACCCAGUCCCCCUACCUUUAGAAGUGCUGGCGUGGAGUGCCUGGGUUCCAGUGGGGCUGCUGAGCGGCUGGUGUGCUUGCGGCGAGGUAGCAAUGAUCAACCUGCUUAGCUCCCUUGCACGCCUAUUAGUGAUGCGAGGGAGCUGAGCAGGGAGAUCACUGCUCACUCGCCUCCUGCGGCCAUUUUAUUUUUUUAACUUUUGAUGAAAACCCCAAUUGGUAUUCCGCGGAACACCAAUUGGGAAACGCUGCCAUAGACAAUUCAGAAAAUUGCAAAGAAAAAAACGGUAAUAACAGUAAGAUACCAUACUUUUUAUUAUAUAAAGAAUCCUUUAGUUUGCAAACCUUUAGUUGUAGAAAAGCUUUAAUUGCCACAUGUUCUUGUUUUUUUGGUACAGUUUGAGGUUUCAGUCUCCAGUCACACCCUCGAAGCCUGAAGAACCUCCUGUAUCACCCCGAGAAUUGGAGCUGCAGGUGAGUGGCAAAUUAACCCCUUACCUCCUAAGGUUUUGUAUAACAGCUGAACAUUUUAUGUUCCAUAUUUAAUGUCUCUCCUGUUCUCUUGCAUUGAGCUUAGCCCAGAUUUGCAGGAUGUGCUGGCCCUGCAUGACAGGGUUUAGCUAAUGAGAGCUACCACAGGUCAGCUGUCAAAUUGUUACUGACAUCAUAACCACUACAGUGCACUGAACCGGUUGUACUGCUUGGAGUAUGCCUUUAAAUUGAUUAUGAUUAUUAUUAUUAUUUUAAAUGCAGUCAGAAUUUAGAAAGGCAUAUAUGGGACAAUUUUAGCUUUUCUUCAAACAGUUCGAAAAGAAAAUAAUAAUAAUACAGCAAUGAGCUUAGUUUUCCCCCAACAACUCACUGAAGUCCCUCAUUGUUUGAGGGCUAACGCUUCACUGAGUUUUUAUAAACUAUGACUUGGAGGUUAGUGAGCUGAAAUAAGAUCUCACAAUCCAAGUCUAUGGCAGUAUGCAUUCACCGUAUCUUGCUAUGUGAAAUAGUUAGCCCUAGCUAUGGAAACAAGUUAACUAUUCCUGAAUGUAAGAAAAGUCAUAUCCUGUUAUCCUGUAUAUACAUGUAAGUCCUCUGAAAUGUGAAGACAAGUAACACACUUUAAGUAGUGGGUUAAUGCAAUGAAAUACAAGACUUCAAAACUUUUAUCUGAUCAAUUACCCAAGUGUAAGAAAUAUUCCGAUCUAUAUUGCCUAAUGUACAUCUCAAAGAUUGUAAUUUGCAUGCAGAUUAAUUGUAUUGUAGAUUUUUUUUAUUUGCUCUUUUUAUUGGGAGAAAGUUAUAUUUUGUUUGUAGUUCUUAUUGCUAAUUUAGGUAUCUAAGCUUAUUCUUCAAAAAUUAUUGUGAUGAGAACUUGGUUAUUCAAAGUAGUGCUCCAUCUAGUGGCAAAUUCAGUAUUAUGCUUUGAUUUUCUUCCCUGUGUGAUACAGGCAGGGAUAUAUUUAGUUUCAUUGUUGUCAUCAUUUAUACACUGCCAACAAUUUGGAAACACACAACACCGUCUUACUGAAUCUUGCUGACCAAAGAGUGUUGGUCUUCUCUCCAUCACUCUUCAUUUGAAGGGCCUGCUUCUGUGGAGUAGUGAUCCUGGUUGGAUGAAAACAUAGCGAGGAUCUUUUUUUUUUUUUUGCAUCUGUAGUGAAUGAAUGGAAGGUCUUCUGGAUUUUGAGACCUGACCUUUCGGAGGAAGGCAGAAUUUUGCUUGCUAAAUCUUCCAAUAAAACACCCAUAUCUUUGGGUGCACGUGCCAGUAACAGGGAUACCAGAAAAGUCGAAUUCAUGCUGCAUUCUUUCAGACAAAAUAUCUUUCGAGUGACCACCAAGAUAACUGACACUCUAGCAGACAUUCGAAUGGAGUCCACCACUAACUUACUAAAUAAUGUACUGUAUAAUCUAUCUUUAAAAGCCUUGUCGGCCAACUAAGAGACAUUUUGCUGAUGGCUGUCUGUCAUUUUUGGGUUGAAAAUAACUCUUUAGGAUUUAAAUAUCCCAGGGGAAGCCCCUUUUGUCUUCCAUGAUUACCUGAUUUGGGUGGUAUCGUCUAAAGAAAUUGGGAUAAACUUGGCCACACUAAGCCACUACUGCUUCCAUCUUCGUGAAAUCUCAUUAGGGUGUAGUUUGAGAGAUCUAAGGCAAGCAUUUUUUGUAUUUAUCUGGAGACUGCUAGUUUACUUUCAGGUGGUUUCUUACCUCUAGAACCAAAUUUAAAGGUUUAUAGGAACACUAUAAGGUCAGGAACAGAAACAUGUAUUCCUGAUCCUAUAGUGGGAAAAACACAAUCUAGCCCCCUUUCCCCCCUUAUCCCCUACAUAUAGUAAAAUCUCACCCUUUUCCAGUUUGCUGCUGAUGGCUCUGCCCCUGAUGUGCCUACGUGGCUGACAUCAUCAUAAGUUAUGAUCUGAGCCAAUCACAAUGCUUUCCAAUAGGAAAGCAUUGGAUUGGCUGAGCUUAUCAGAGAGGCAGAUCAGGAGCAGAGCCAGCACAAGCCAAACAUAGCCCUGGCCAAUCAGCAUCCAUGCAUACUUAUGAGGAAUGUUCAGUGUCUCCAUGCAGAGGGUGGAGACACUGAAUGUCAGUGCUGUACACUGUGCAGCACUGCCCCAGGAAGCAGCUCUAGUAGCCAUCUGAGGAGAUGGUCACCAGGUUAAUUCUGCUUGUCCCUGCACAGAGAAGCAGGGGGUGUCAUUGUGAGAGAAACUGGGCUGACGGGCUGGCCAGCAGCUUGUACGAAUGGAAAUCUGUGCAUCGCAGUGAGGCCACGUCCUUUAAAUUGGCCUUUCUGUGGUGCGCCCACCGCUUUUAAUGAUAAGUGCAUUGAUUCCAGCUUACUUCCGUUUGCACGCACUGCAUUAGAAGGGGAAGAAGUGCACAGCAGAACUGCUGAUUUAAACUUCUCUUGCAGUCUCUGUUAUGUAAGCAGUGACUCAGCCUUACGGUGUAGCACUGUGCUAAACAAAUGAGCAUCUUGACAACCCAAAAAAGACCAGCCAAUGUCCCCCUGCAACCUAGGUCAGCCUGUGCUUGGUAUAUUCUGAUAGUAAUAGAUGUAACAUUCAGACCAUGGUCGUUAUAUUCUUUGUUUUUUUGCUUUCCUCUACAUCUGAAAUAUAUAUUCCUUCCAUGUUUAUUAUACUUGUGUCUAUAGAAACCGUUACUGAAGGGAUUAUAGAUCCUUUUGUAAGCAACUGUCAACAUUUGCCUGCCUGCAGUGUCUGUCUGCUGCAUAUCAAUUUGUAUGCUUUCAAGUGACCUACAAGGAAAUUUUCAGCAUUCUGUACCCUUGUACUGUUACGAGUGCAAUGCAUAAUAAAAUGUAUCUCCUCCAACACUAGUCUGGGGAAACACUGUGAAAACACUCUUAUAUGAGAGCGUUAUGCAGGGCAGAGAUGAUUACACUCCCCUUACAUUUUUUAAACUUGUUUUGGGGGAUCAAGAUCAAUAAAGAAUAUAUGUAUAUUUUAAGUGUCUCUGUUAAAACAAGUUUCAUGUGAGUUUAUUCCCUCUGACCACCCCCAAAAAAAUCGGUCUUGAUAUUCCUUACCCCCUGCACAUAUUUAAAGCAGCUUAUAAUUUAUUAAUAAUUCCUCGGUUCUGCAUUUGGCUUUCUCUGAAGCUGUGUUUUAAUUUGGCUUUUUUCGUCUAAAAUUUGAAAUUCGCUUUGCGAGGCUAAAGAUUUGAAGUCUUAUUCCACCAGCCAGGCCUGAGUGUUACUUGGCACUGCAAACCUCAAUGCGGCAGCUGAAGAUGCAUUCUUAGCCACCAUUCUCCCAAAUGACUUGUAAAAGUUCUAACAAUUUCUAGCAUUUGGGUGUGCCAGGAGUUGCACGAUGCCUUGUACAGCUGCCUCGGACUCCUUUGUUUGUGUUCUUUUUACAACAAUGCCACAAAGUUCCUACUUUUAAACAGCACUGAGUGCAGUGGGGAGCCUAUUGUACACUCCUUAGAGGGACCCUACAGUCCCGAAAAUAAUAAUGGUUAUUUUUGGGACUGUAAGCUCCCUUCUUGCAAAGUGCAUACUGUAGAAAUCUGCCUGUCAACCUCUUUGCCCUGUAAAAAAAAACAAGUUAAAUAAAUAUUAUUCUCCUCAUUUCUUUAGUAAUGUCAUCAAGCAUGCUGACACCAUGUGCUAUUAGCAGCAUUUAGUUACAGGACUGAGUUUUACUCGGUUACGGAGAUGGAAGCGCCUCUUGUGACUGUAGGAAGCCUCUAGUGGCUGUAGAGGCUAGCUUAUCCCAUUUUACAAAAUGUCAGUGUUUUACAGUGGUGGCCUAAAACUAAAGGACCAGUGCACCCAGAUCACUUCUUUGAGAUGAAGUGGUUUGAGUGAUUUUACUGGUCCUUUAAGGCUAGUCACACACUUCACUUGAUAAUGCUGAAUUAUUGACUGAUAACUAUAUGCUAUGUAUAUUUUCGCAGACUUCCUUAUACGGCAAGCUGGUCUCAGCCAGGCAGAAGCUUGCCAGUGAGAAGGACAUACCACCUGCUGUCUUGGCUACUAACAAAGUUCUUGUGGACAUGGCUAAAAUGAGGUUUGUAAUUAUUUUUUGUUUAUAAUUAAAGAAAAUGACAUGUAGCACUUAAAGAAAGUAAUAAUUCUGGAUCUGUGUGCAUUGUAUCUCUCCUAUUCAUCAGGAUACGUUAAUAAAAUAUUUUUGUAGCAUCUCCGCUUUUAAAAAGGCACUGCCAUGUGUUUGAAGAUAUAAAAAGAAAGUGCUUGAAGGCGGAUGGGCAAGGUAGAUAUGCUUGUCUGGAUGUAGCGCUCCUCUGUGCCACCAUUUUCGUCAUCUCCAUGUCACUAUUGUGCUCUUGCACAUGCAGACUUGGAUCUAUUAAAGGUCCUUAGGCAACAGGAUCUUCCAAAGAUAAGCAAAUGUUCACUGAGAUGUCUACUGCCACAAUCUGCCAAAAAUAGGGUCCUACAUGAGAUAGUGUCAUCCCUACUUUGCCUUGAAGUUUAAUGAAUUUUGAGUGGAGUCUUUGAGAUUUUGAUACGGAUUUUAUCUUUAUUAUUAAAACCUACAAGUGAUAUUGCCACUUAAAGUGGAACCGGAGGUCGCAUCACAUGCAGGCCGCAUCACAGCGACGGAGGAGGUGACUGAGGCCCUCACAGUGCACAUUGCAUCUGCGGACACUGCGAUAGCGCUCCAAGGGGCGAUGCUUCUGUCGAUGAGACGUCACCUCGAGGAUGUGGAUAACAGAGGCCGGAGGUGCAAAAUCCGCAUCCGCGCAGUGUCAGAGGCUGAGGGAGCAGAAAAAUGUCGAAAAGAUACUUCCUGAACUCUUCCAAACCCUUCUACAGCCGACCUCACCACAGCACAUAGCGUUCGACAGGGCACACAGAACAACACGGCCCAGAACUCUGGAAGAAGGGCCGAGAGAUCUCAUAUGCUGCCUACACUCCUUCCCAAUUAAAGAUGCCAUUAUGAAGAAGGCCCGGGAAAGACCAACGUAACCCUACAGAGGUACUCAAGUGGCACUGUACAACGACCUGUCCCCCAUCACAUUGGAAGCCCAGCGGGCUCUCCGUCCAGUGACGACCGCAUUAAGGGAACGCAAUAUAACAUACAGAUGGGGGUUCCCAUUUGCCCCAAUGGCCAGACACCGCAAUGGCUGGAUCUCAAUAUGCUGGCCUGCAGAAGUACCAAGGUUCAUGGAGGAACUGGGCCUUCCGACACCGGUCGUCCCCAACUGGACCAUCGGCCCCUCCGAAGAGAACAAAGAGAGGACACAGACAGCGAGAAGCACGAUCACGCUCCACCCAGCCUGCCAGACGGAGGAGUGAGUACCUAUCCACCCGAGAUGACAUCAGCACCCCAGACACCCGACCCACGCUGCCUUUCCAAAUUAGACCCUAUAACGAGAGUUGCCGGAGACCCCUUGAAGUGGCUGGGCAACUGUGAACUGCAUCAACCCCAGAUGAUUGGUCUGUGAUGCAAAGUUGAUUGGAACACCUACAGGUACGCUGGGUCACCUCUCGGGGUAUCUUGGGUGGGGGGAACAUGGGACCGCGGGCAUACACCAGGAGAUCACGCACCUGCUGAGUUACAACCAUCAUGACUGCCCGGCUAGUCGACACACGGAAACUAUUUCUUGCAUUAAUAGAUCAGGUAGAGACUUCGACCCGAAGCGCAAUGCAUAGAUAAACGGGUGAAGAUCUGAUUAAAUAUAAUACUAGUAACGAAAUAUGACCCAGUAAACUUCAUCACAUCCGCAUGGUAAUGCAUGCCAGCAACACCAAUGAGGACCUGCGAGUCCGAAUUAUACCUGGGCCUGCUAGCCACUUUACCUGCAAAUAUUCAGAUAUCCCUUCUGUCUGUACACAAUGCAUACUGUCGAAUCUUAUACAUACUAUAAUUGUGGAGACCUGCAAGUCUCAAUGUUAUAUUUAAACAAUCUUCGCAAAUAAUAAAAACAUAUUUACUUAAAGUGGAACCGCACAUUCCCAUAAUGUUCUUAUUGGAGGAUAUCGCUACUUUACAUUAAAAUGGAUGUGUUUCUCCUUCAAUACCGAGGGCCUUGACAAUCUCUGGAAAUGUUCCCAAGCAGAGCCUGCCACUUGGCUGCAAGUUGAGACUGAAAGAUUAUAGUUGUUUAACAAUUACAGACCGCUCAGUAUGUUGACAUGGAAAGCGGCAGCAGAUAUGUAUGUUACUGCUCCUAAAGGAAAUAAAUAUGUCGUUCACCUUUAGGGUGAAUGAUACACAGUGCUUUGCAAAAGUAUUCAGUUCCUUUGAAAAUGGUCAUUUUUUUUUACAAGUGAUGCUCACACAAUAUGUAAUGCAAGUUCAUCUGCUCUAAGAGUACAUUUUUAAGAAUACAUUAUGUAUUUCCAAGUAAAUAUCAAAAAGACAAAUUGAAAUAUGCAGCUUGUAUAAAUAUUCCAACUGCUUAUUAAUAUGUACUUAAGCCACCUUUUGCUUCUUUAAGUCCUUUGUUGUUUGUUUGUUUUUUUAAACAGCUUUCUUUGCACACUAUCUGGGAGCAAUUUUAGCCCAUUCUUGGCAGAUUGCUCCAGGUGGUUCAUGUUUGUUAAAUGGCACUUGUCUACUGGAAUUUUCAAGUAGUGCCACUUUUAUUCUCAAUAGGAUCAAGAUCAGGCUCUGACGGCACCACUGUACAAUAUUUAUGUUUUGUUCUUGUGUGUUGCUUAUAAAUUGUGCUUGGAAUUAAUGUUCUGGUGAGCCUUCUCCCAAGCUUCAACUUUUUAUCAGACUGAAAAAAGGUUACCGUAUCCUGCUGUAUUGCUAUGUGAUUUGUGCCAUCCAUUCUGCCUUGAUUUCAGCCAGGGUAGGUGUGGCUAGGACUACAGAAAUAAAAUGUUGCAGUUAAUUGAGACUGCAGUCGCAUGAUUUAUGCAACAACAUGAUUUCAAUGCUUUAUUAUGUGAAGCAUUUGGAUGUUUACUGCACAUGGCCAUCAGUCUCCAAUGCGGAUUGGCCACCGGCUGGAGAGCUGGAUGACACUAUGGGAAGCGGAGGGUCUGACAGCACCGAGGGAGUCUUGGUGUUGGUGUUAAGGUAAGAAAUAAACAUUUUAUGUUUUUACUGGGAAGGGGCUGGGGGACUAAAACACACCUGCAAAUAGGGCACUACAGCGUUAGGAAUACAGGUUUGUAUUCCAAACACUAUAGUGUUCCUUUAAGUUGAGUCUGGCAUGACAGGUUCAGUUUAAGUAUCUCAUCUAGGAAAGGAGCUAUCUACUAAAGUGAAACUGCUUUAACUGCAAUGCACAAAGCCUAAUAGCAUUACGGUACUACCCAAGGAAAAUAAAACACCAUCUACUGACCAGUCCUACUGUUUAUUUCUUAUUUGAAAUUGCUUGCAAAGACUCUAACAUAUAAUUAGCAUGUUUAUGUAUCUUCAGCUAGCAAUGACUGCAUUUUCUUUCAUAUAUUUCUGCAGACCAACCACAGUUGAAAACAUGAAAAAGCUUGAUGGCGUGUCGGAGGCAAAGGCUUCCAUGUUGGCUCCCCUUGUUGCAGUUGUCAAAGAGUUUUGCCUAGCGAAUAGUUUGCAGGUGAGUGUGAUGUCUAAAACUUGUUUUUUUGCAGAGAAAGGUAAAUAUUAUGUGAGCUACAACUACAUCAUGCUAUUUUAAUAUCUAGCAAAACUAAGAUAUUGGGGCGGGGGCAAUGGGCUAAUUAUGGAAGAGAUACCAUAGAAAGCAUUUUAAUGCCAAGUAUUAUAGCUCCUCACGUAGAAAGGAUUUUUGUUACAGUCAGGGCUGGAUUAAGGUUUCUAAAGGUCCUAGGCAGGGUGCCCCCUUCUAGAGUCCUGGGUUCUGUUCUGUGAAUAGUGUGGCUGUUGGAGGGAGUAUUGUGUGAGUUUGUGUAGUGGCUGAGUGUUGUGUGUUGAGGAGGCUGAUUGUACUUGUGUGUGCUGGUUGAUUGGUGUGUGUUUGUGUGUGGCGGCUGAGCUUUGUGUGUGGAGGAGUCUGAGUGCUGUGUGUGUAGGGUAGUCAGAGUGUUUGUGUUUUUCCCUCCGACCCUUUCUGCUUACCUUCUCCUGAUGGUCUGGUGAAGGGUAAGCUUGAUCCUUGGUGCUCCAGUGAGGGAGCGUUGUGGUCUGCACCAAUAAAGGACGCACUGCCUCGUGAUCCAGUGCUCCGUUAAUGACUCAGACUGCUGGCUGCUGUGAUGUGACCUGCAUCAAAUAUUGGUGCAGAUCACAAUGUUCCCUUGAGAAGAUGAGGGGAUGCAGGGACCAGCAAGGAGAUAUUUUUGAUCUCCCUGACAGCUCAGAAAUGGUCUCCUACAGCCUGAUCUCUAGGCCCAGACAGGAGACCUCUCUGACCUGGUCUUAUGGGUAGACCUGUAGUCUGUUUACAGUAUUGAUCCAGUUUGCCUUUUUAUAUAUGAUGCAAUGAAUCCUGUAAAUUUUAAAAUAUUGUGCAGAAACACAUGUGUUUAUGGCAGUUUAUUCUAAUUUUUGCACAUUGCUUAAUGAAUGAGGAACCUCACACAGGGUUUUUGGUUGUGGACACGUCUAAUUUUAUCAUUUCUGGCAAACUGAGUAAAACAUAUUUGUGGGAUCUUUAUAUCUUCUUCUGAGCUAGAAAUCCUUGGGGGGAAGUGAGGGUGGGAUUGGCAGUAGUGAUACAGUAAGGAAACUGAAAUGUAUGUAAAUAGUUUAGAAUUAAUUUAUUUUCAAAUUCAAUUUAUAUAUUCAUGUUAUCUCCUUUCCCAUGUCUCCCGACCCCAUGUCCCUCUCAUGUGGUCCUAUCUCCCAGUUUCUGUUUCCUGUUGUUCCUCACUUUUUCUUUUGCAUUUUGUUCUGAGAUUUUACAUUUGUAUUUCAGACAGAUAUAUUUGCCAGUUCCAAGACUAAUUUAGAGGCGAAUGUGGUAAUACAGAAAGGUCCUGUGCCUAUGUUGCUACCAGAGUCACAGCGUAUAACUUAUUCACUUUUCCAGGAACAACAUUUAUCUAUGGUAAGCGUUUUCUUACAUUAGAUUUGGCUAUUUUAUAUUAUAUUUUUACAUUUUUGUGUAUAUAAAGUGGAUCUUUUCAUGUUUUUUUGGGGGGGGUGGGAGGCUUGAACAGGAAAAUUCUAACUAUACUUUUUUCUUUUAACACAUAUUUUUAUUCUGCAUACUAUUGUAUGAAUAACUUUGCUUAAAGAGACAUUAAAGGCACCAAAACAACUUAAGCAGUUUAGGUGUAUAGAUCAUACCCAUGCAGUCUCACUGCUCAAUUUUCUGCCACAUUAUUUAUACAGCCCUAGUCACAACUCCCUGCAAGUAACUUAAACAGUCUUCCUAAACACUUCCUGUAAAGAGAGAUCUUAAACUUUAUUUAUUGCAAAUUCUGUUUAGUUUAUAAUUUCUUAUCUCCUGAUAUUUUAAAAGUCUUCUAGACCCUGCAGGAGCAUCCUGUGUAUGAUUCAAUUUCAAUUUACAGAGCAGGAUAUAAACUUCUAAAGCAAGUUAAAUUCUGAUUAAAAAUGAAACCCCUUUUCAUGCAGGCUAUGUCCGUCACAGCCAGGGGAGGUGUAACCAGGGCUGCAUAAACAGAAACAAAAGUGAUUUAACUCCUAAAUGGCAGAGAACUGAGCACUGAGACAGCAGGCGUAUGAUCUAUACACCAAAACUGCUUCAUUAAAUUAUGAACGCUCAGACUUCUACAAAGAUUUUUGCGCAAGGUUGUGCGCACUCUCCACUUUUUCCAGCAGUUCUUUACGCACAAAUGCACCGUGCAGACAGCAUUGCAGGGGUUAACUUAUUUACAUGCUUUGCCCAGUGUGCCUGGCACUGGGUGUAAAUUAAAAAUAAAAAAAAGAAACCUCACUGAGUUUAAAAUUAAAUAAAAGCUUAGUGCAACUCUUAGUGCCUCUUUUGGCCUUUCUCACUAUUGUUACAACUCAUUAUGCGAUCCUCAGCUAUUGGUAAAUUACACAGUGGGGUAUAGGCAAUUAAUGUACAUGCCCAAGAUUGUAUGGAAGAUUGUGGCAUUCGCAAUAAUUAACAUGUGCGAAAAUAAUACUGCAGGUGUAAUAUAUUCUAUGUACCUUUAAAAUUCUUUGCCCUUGGCCCUGGAGGACACUUCAAUUAUUUUUCAGUAAAAAACACUGUUUAAUCAUGCUUCCUCUGGGUGAUGCAGUAUCUUCUAGACCAAUGCAGCACAAUGGCUCCUAACAGGAAAACAUUUUUUUUUUUUUAAUGUUUUACUGGAAAAGAUAUGUUUAGAUUUCAUGUCCAUACAAAUACAAUUAAAAUUAUUGACUUCUUUAUUUAAAGUUCUGCAUUUAAACCGCUGUGGGGGGGAUAAUUGCUGGGUACAUUUUGUGAUGCUUACUGUGUACGUAAGUAUGCUCUGUCUGAGCACGACAUUCAGCCAGUGAUUAUCAAUCGUUCUUCCUUUUACUGUGCAAAUAGGUCAUCUUCUGCUGGUUUUUGGAAGCCAUCCAUAUUUUAUCUUCUAGAUUUCUCUGAAUCAAUUUCAAGUUAAAGGAACACUGUGAGAUUAAAUACGUGUUUCUUGGAAAUAUUAUCUAGUGCCCCCUUAAAAUGUGGAAGACAAAAUAAAAUUACAUUUCUUAAUUUAAUGACAUUUCGCCAAGUGUUUAGUUAUGAAUGUAAACUUGAGGAAAAAAAAGGGCACACAAGAUUGUUACUACUCUUUUUAUGAUCUAGACCAGGCUUCCUCAAACUCCCGGCCCUCCAGAUGUUCCUGAACUACAACUCCCAUGAUUCUAUGAAUUAAAUAGAUAGGCUGAGAAUCAUGGGAGUUGUAGUUCAGCAACAUCUGGAGGGCCGGAGUUUGGGGUAGCCUGAUAUAGACACUAAAAUCUAAAGAUACUAAAGUUCAAAAGACCAUAAGCAGUUAUGCCACUGAACUAACACACAUGCUUGCAACCAUGAUCAAAAACAAAACUGGCUGCUGGCAUGUUCGUUUGUAAAUCUUUAUUCUUUAAUUUAUAGUGAAACCAAAGAAAGUGACAAUGGUAUAACAAUUUACCUGAUCUAGCUAAACUUUACUAAAUGGAUGUUAAUCGUCUCUGUACACCUGUAUCGCAUGCUGUAUACUUCGCAUCUCACCAACGCCAUUUUUAUUCAUUUCUGACUUCUAAAACCUGUAUACAAUGUAAUGGGUGCUCAUCGCUAAAACAAAAUACAAAAUGAUGGUUUCCUAUAGAUAAAACUGUGCUGCAAAUACAAACUGAAAAAUAUAACAACUUGCAGCGCUACGGAAUUUGCUGGCGCUGUAUAAAUAAUAAAAUAAUAAUAAAAACUUAAACAGAAAAAUUUAAAAGUGACUCUCUUAUUCUGAAAAUCUGAGAAGCUGUGUUUUCCUACACCAGAUAAAAACAUUUGAAAAAGACACAUUGUAUUGAAACUUUUGCUUCUCAGCAAAAGAUGACCAUUUUGUGUUUUUAUUUUUUCCAUAUUCCUUAAGUUUGGUGUUUCCUAAAUUUAAGCUUGGCCAGCAUUGCAACGAGAGCCCAGGGGUUUAAGGAUUAAACAAGAGAUUUUAUGAUCUACUCACAAAAUAUCAUUAAAGCUAUAUUGUCUAAUUGUCUAUCAAGUCAGAUGGAACCUGUAGGAAAAAAAUAGUGUUAUCAAUAUUAAUGUCAAGUUAAAUAUGGCAGUGGGGUAUAUGUUUCAUUUAUAAACUAAUAGCUGUAGAUGUCUGGAAACACAAUUGGGUAAUUGUCCAAAACAUGAAUGACUGGAUUCAACUUGCCCCCCCCCCCCCCACCCAGCCUGUCUUUGUUUAAAAUUUAAACAUCUGUUUAAAUCAGAGACCUUAUUCAUGUUUGACAGCUUUUCAUGUACAAUAUGAAUCUUUUAAUCACAAACUCCUUUGAACUCCCACUCAACGUUAUUCUUUUGUCAGUCAUCCUACAGGUACUACUCCUCUCUGUGUGACUAAUCGUAUUGUUAAAUGCUGGAUGUCUGGGCGAGACUGUGCUUUUAAUAUAUAGCAAAUGAAAGGUAACACAGCGGGCACCUAUUUGAUUUUCUUUAUUUUGUUUUCCUUUGUAGCGGACUAUCGCAGACUCCCGCAGUUUGAGCAUGGCCGCUGUUGGCAUGCAUCUGUGCCAGGCCCUGAAAGCUGGCUACCCUGUCAAUGUGCAACGAGCUGGCCUGACUCCCACUAUACAGAAGACCAUUAUGGAUAUUAUUAAAAAACCUCCAAUUAACUCAGGUCAGACAUGAGCCAUUUUUUUUUUUUGGGGAAGAUGAUUGGCAAAUCUAAUGUGCUGCACUAUAUAAUGCAUGCACGUGCGGGUAUAUGAAAAGUACAAAAGAUAUCAAUAUGCUUGGAGUAAACCUAUAAUGACUAAAUUGAAAAUAUAUAUAUAUAUAUUUUUUUUUUUUUUUUAAUUUAGUCAUUAUAGGUUUACUCCAAGCAUAUUGAUAUCUUUUGUGAUUUAAAGUGGUCAUGGUGCCUGAAGUCUGUAAGUGCAUUGUUUCAUUUUGUAAUGCUACAUAUAUAGAGAGCUUAACCCCUAUGCUGCCAGUGGUGUAACUCCACUAACGGCUGCAUCAUUAACCAGAUGGCUAAUGUCUGUUCUGCACAUAUUGGAGUCAUCAAACAUGUCUGGUGGUUGUAUGCUACACCCCAUGCCGCCCAUGUACUCCCCUCCGGCCAUCAUAGCUGAUAUCUGUCCUCUGCCUGAGGAGGAUUGGGCUGCAGAGAGAACAUGUCCUCAGUGUUGGAACGGAGGUAAGUUUUAGGUUUAAUUUAUUUAUUUUAAUUUGGGAAUGCACUAGCACAGCAAGGGUUACUCUAAACAAAAUUUGUGUUUUAUUAAAAGGCUGUUCUUGUGGUUGGAGUAACCCUUAUUUCCCAAAGUCAAGCAAAUACAUAUGAAAGAAAAAAAUUGUUAUAAAGAUUAAGUGAUAAUUAUGUUAAUUUAGUGAAGAAAACACAAAAAGUAAUUAGUCAACUAUGUGGAGACAUUCUAAGGACACAGAGAGCUGAACUCGACUGAACAGUAUUUUGAGUGUGCAGCAGUGUGGUCAUAGCAGAAGCUGUAAAAUACUUGAAAAACACAAACAUGUACUGCAAGAUUAAACUAAUUGUACAUUAUAACAUUCUGUAGGUCACUAAAGGCCAUGAUGUUGCUCUCGAGUGAUUACAUAGUUAUAUUUCCUUGUACAGCUCAGACAGUUACAGACACACUCCUUUUGUGUUUGGGUGAUUACAGAGUACAUCAUGCAAUCUCAUCACAGCAGGAGAGAUACCUACUGAUUAUCCAACAUCAACAGGAGUCUUGAUCUAAGGAACACUGUACCUUUAGGAAUACAAAUGUGUGUUCCUAAAGGUGUAAUGUCCCAUUUACUCCGCAAGGGUUAAAAAGCCAUUUUACUUAACUUUCAGCCCAUGCUGCUAUAAUGAGGUCGCCCCGCUUCCUUGGUGAUCUCAGCCAAUCCUAUAGGAAAGCAUUGGGAGGCUAGUGCGCUUGUGUAGCAAAAUGAUGCGCUGCACUAAUCGGAUGGUGUCUGAGACCGUCUAAUUAAAAUAGCCUAGUCUAACCUGUUUACAGCAAUUAGAGGCAUUGAAACCCUGCAAUGCAAUCAAACGAGAGGGACAUGACACCGAGACUACUUCAUUAAUAUGAAGUGGUCUGGGUGCCUAUAAUGUCCCUUUAAUGAAAUUCAGGCCUGAUUCCAGUUCACGGUGAUGGAAAACGCUCAGACGCUUCUAAAUUGAGAGAAGGUUUAAAGUUGUACUAUCCCCAGUAUGUGAUAAAAUCAUUAGCGGUUAAGUUUUGUUGUCUUCCUAUCUGUCAGCAAAAACGGAAAGCUUAAACAUGUGUUGAUCUUGAUAAACAUUUUCUUUUUCUCCAAUGGCAAUAUUACGAUCUCUCCAACAGUGUUUGUCUUUGUUAUUCGAUGAUUUUUAAAAAAAAUUUCUUUGUUGUAUUGUGCUUUUCUGUAUUAAUGGGAUCACCGUGGACAUACCAUUGUAAAUGAGCAGACUGAAGAUUGAUCUGAAUGUGUUAAUUGCCUCCUAACAAUAAAAAAAAAACUACUCAUGGCAAAGCUAAAUGAGGAUGAUAAAAAAAUAUAUAUAUAUAUUUCUCUUUGCAAGAUAUACCCAGAAUCUGUGUUGUACAUGGUUAGUGUGUUUCACUCUAUUUAAACUCUGGAUGAUAAAGGUACAAGACAUUAGGGAUGGUGAACUAGCCUAUCCACCAGGUUAGAAGCAGAAUAUUUGACGAGCACCCAAUACAGCGUGCCAUGGAGUCUCUUGGGUGUACCAUGGAGUCUCUUGGGUGUACCAUGGAGUCUCUUGGGUGUACCAUGGAGUCUCUUGGAUGUACCAUUGAGUCUCUUGGGUGUGUUCUGAACAAUCUAUAUUUGUUUACUGGCGUAAAUGGCAGAAUUGAGAACCUCCAAUAGUAAUGUCAUUUUAUAUACUACAUUCUCAUUUAAUUGUAAAGAAACAUAGAGGUUUACAAUAAUUAUCUGGAAUCUGACUUAACCGUUAGAAUAUUCAGUAUACAUAAUGAUUUGGACUUUUUGUGAACUUUCCUUUUUUUUCCUUUUUUUAUUGUUUUUUUUCCUAACAAAGUAGGUGUUGCUAUAGUAAUAAUUAGCCGUUUCACCACAUCAAUGACACAUAUAUAUGUUUUAAAUGACAAGCAGUGUGAAAAAACAUGAUCUGCCAUUUACUUGGGAAUUAGAUAAACCCACCUAGAACUAGACACACCAGGAAUACAAACAAUUCACAACGUGAUGUUAACAAUUUUAGAUGAAGGCAUGAUUAACUGAGCAGGAAUAACAACAAACUCUUUUUAUUGUGUUUCAUUUAAAGGAACACUUUAAUGAAAAUAUUAAUAUAUAUAAACAAUUUGGUAAAUAUACUCCCAAUGCAAACAUGCAAGCAUUUACUGGUGCAUGUUUUUCUUGACUGCAGUUUUUGCAAGCCCUCCCCUUCUAACCCGGCCCAGACUUUCUGUAACUGUCCAAUCGCAGAGUGUCCAAUGCAGUUUAAUGAGUAUUUGCAAGGCUGGUGCUCUGGGCAAUUUCUGCCUCUUGAGUUUAUCUCCACUGAGUUAAACAACCUGGAAGUAACAGGGCCAAUUGUCUGACAGCCAAGGGGUGCAGCAAGGUUAAUAUUUAAAAGUGCCAAUUUCUAUUGAAAUCUGCACUUUUUGUAAAGGGAAAAAGAGGACUCACUCUUUACAUAUAGAGCAAUUCAGAAAGCUAAAGUGUUAUUUAUUUGAAAUGUUCCUUUAAUGAUCAAAUUGCUUUACAUAGCUUAGAGUGUUUUGGCGAUUAAUUGGGCCGUUCUACAUCCAUUUCAUAAAGGCUAUCGUUUGCUAGCAGUACUGUGUUUUAUCAUGAUAAACAUUGUUCUUUAUUACAUUUGUGAAUUGUAUGUAAAAGCCCCUUUAAGGGGUGAUUGUGUGUGAAUGUUUUCAUCGACAUAACUAAUAUGUGCAUAUAUUUGUUUAUUAAGAUCUGUCUAGUUUUAAAGCUAUUCAUGAUCUGGUCCCACCCCACAUUGACAUCUACCUAAUCAGGAUGGUGAUAGCACUUUUAGAAAAGGAGGGCUGUAAUGAGAAGAUUGUCUCCAACACAACUAUCCCACAUUCUACAUCACAGCAAGGCGCACCAUCUGAGAACACACAGCAUAGAACAUCCUUGCCCAGCCCUGCGUGGAUAGAAAAAAAGGUUAGUAAUAAAGAGAAUAUUGUGUUUAUUGUAUGCAUUGUGGAAGUAUGAGCUCUCUGUGAUAAUCUAGAUACUUAACUAAUGUGAUGAAUAUGAAAUUUCACAUUUAAAACUACUCCGUAGAAAUCUUCUUUUUUUUUCUCGGAGACCGCUUUCCUAUAUCACAAGGUUACUGUUAUGUCUUCAGCAUUCUAAAUAUUCCUCAACAGUUACUUUGUAUUACUAGAAAACAACUGACGGCUUUUGCUGUUAUUAAUGCACUAGUAAUGGUGAGAAUUUCUGUAUCGUGAAAUGACUAUAUCACUCCAAUUAGAGAAAGUGUGUCUGGUGCUUUUUUGGGGCUCUAUACACCAGGAAAGCAUUGGAAGGCUAGUGCAAGUGCGUGGCAAAAUGACGCGCUGUACUAAUCGGAUGGUGUCUGAGACCAUCUAAUUAAAAUAGCCGAGUCUAACUUGGCUAUAUCUGUGUACAGCCACUAGAGGCAUUGAAACCCUGCAAUGCAGUCAAACGAGAGGGACAUGACACCGAGACCAACUCAUUAAUAUGAAGUGCUUAUAAUGUCCCUUUAAUGAAAUUCAGGCCUGAUUCCAGUUCACAGUCAUGGGAAAACGCUUAGACGCUUCUUCAUUGAGAGAACGUUUAAAGUUGUACUAUCCCCAGUAUGUGAUAAAAUCAUUAGGUUGUAUCACAGUUGUAGAGGGUAACGCGAUUGUGCCAGGCAGGAGUUAAAUGUCAGUAAUAAUCCUGAAUAGCAAGAUCGCUAAAACAAAAUUUAAGAAAGGACUGGGAAAACGGUGAUCAUUGCUUCUGGGGAAGAGAUGAACGAACAGAGCAAAGGUUGUUUUAGUUCGCUCAAUAUUAUUCUUUGUUGAAAUUUGCCCUUUGGACCUACAGUGAGAUUUUUUUUUUCUCAAGUUCUAACUUGUUUGCAGGUAAUGUUUUUUGGUUUUGCUAAAUGUCUUCACACAGUCCCCAAAAAAGGUUUCUUUCUAUGUUUUGUUAUAGGGCAGGAAAAGUAGAGCAUAUAAAUUAGAGGUGUCUUUUCUGAAUGAUUGUGUGGGUGAUGUGAUAAUGAUGGGUACAUAUAUAUACUUACAUGUGACAUAAUUGCAUUGACUAAGGCCUCCUGCGGUUCACAGUGGCGACACUAGUACUUUUAGCUCGGAGAUUUAUGGUUUCUGUGUUCUUUUUAACAAUUUAGAAGCCAGCAGAAGCAAGUAAACCUAGUAUACAAGAGACAGAACCCGUAAGACAAGAGGCACCUAAAGCACAGAAUCUGGCUCCCAUCAAGUUGGCAUCGUGGAAUCAACCCUUACUGGAUGCAGAUACAGAGGAGCUAUUCUCAGAAUCACAGAUAGAGGUAAAAAGGAUUCUCUGCAGUAAAGUAAAAUAUAAUAAAUAAUAUUUUAAUAAUUUGUGACCUUUUAAAGGCAAAGCAACACAGUCCUCUAGGGUAACAGGUACAGAACAACAGUCUCUUAUGCAAAAAUGGUGUGGCUUAUUUACAUCGUGCACAAAAAUCCACGCAGCAAUCAGUUUGUUCAAAACUUCAGCAAAACAGAAAGGAAAGUCUACAAACAAAAUCCUAGCUCAAAUUCGAGCACUAACUAAACAUAAAGUAAUGUCCCUUUCUAAACCAGGGUAAUAAACUACACAAUUCAACAAAAUAAACAUUAGUUUCACCAACCUUUAACACUUUGUCUGGUGCUGCUCUGCACAGACCUGCUCUCUCUGCAGGUCAGAUUGUAUCUCUCCCCUUUCUGCUCUGAGACCUGCUAAUUAAAGCCUCAGCAGUUGCUAAUUGGGCAGGUGAAUGAGUACAGGCUAUGGAGGAGUCUGGGUCCUAAAUAAUAGAAUAAAACUUCCAAAAGAAGCUGCCUUACUAAAAUGCAGCCAAUAGGAAAGGAACCCAGUCCAAUCUCAAAAGAAAGUAUAAAUAAUACCAAAAAAUAAUAAAACUUUAUUAGAGUAUAGUAAAGAAACCUGAGACUACAAAAGAUGUCAAAAGUCUAGUACUGGGAAAGGUAUAGUAUAUAGAAAAACCUAAUCAACUGCCAGAAAAAAAGAGGGCAGUAAACUAAGCUGGUAUUAUGUAUACCUUAGGAAAAAGCAGCAUAGAGGACCUAAGUAGGAAAGAGAGGAUACCUGUGUGGUAUAUAGUAUAUGGAAACCCAAGAGAAAGGGGUAAAGAAAAUGCCCCAAUUGUAACAUAAAGGGAACCAGUUAAAAUACUAAUACCCAAAAUCAAACGCCCCCCUUCCUAAGUCAAAGGGACAAAUCCUACUGUUGAACAAUCAUUCUAAGCUAAUCGCUAUCUCCUAAAUAACACCUUCGUGGGUGUUCUAAUCUAAUAACUAAAUCUAGACAUCUGUAGUCGAAAUAAUAUUGUGCCCAGUGCUCAUAAGUGCAAAACAAAAACCCAACACGCGUUUCGGCGAACUACACGCCGUCCUCAGGGGUCCUAAAUACCUUCCUUUUAUUACCUUCCCAUAGACUCUGUCACAAAUUGUUUAUAUGUUUUUUAGGAAUUUACAUUGUUAUGAAAGUAAUCAAUAGUUGUGUAUUUUGAAAACAUAGAAUGUUACAGCCCAUUUAGGCUGCCCAAUUCUCUAAUUACUUUCAUUAGUUCCUGGCCUUAUCUUAUAUCUAGGAUAACCUUGAAUGUUUUGUUGUGAUUGUUGUUACAGAAUAAUGGAACGACUCCUAAGAGGAAACUACCUGAAUGGUUUGAAGCGCAUAAAGAAAAAGCUGCACAGUCUAAUGCGACCAAGAAAGUAAAAAUGGUGAAAAAAAAGGGUCUCUUUGGAUGAAGAGGUUCAAUUAGAAUAAUACAUUGUUAUAUAUGCACAUUUAUGUUAAAUGUUGCAAAAAAAGUAAAAAUGUAUCAGGAUUACUUAUUGUGUGUAUCAUACACACUGUAAUAUACAGCAAAGGUUACGGUUAAGUAUUUGGUUUCUUGUUUUUGGCAUAUGGUGAACCGAUCCAAAAUGGUCUGUUUUUAACAGUGAAAAAUUGUGCUGAAUGAUGGUAUUUUUUUGUACAGCAAUAUUCUAAUUCUGGUGGAAUUAUAAUUUUUUUGUUCUUUGUGUUUGUUUUUUCUUUUUAAUGUUUUCUGUUUCACUUUCUUUCUUCCUUUCAGCACUACCUAGGGCAGAAUAUUAAUCAGAUUUCAGUGCUUACAACUUCCUCCUUUCUCCUCUUGAUUGUUGGACAAUUUCAGCCACCAGUCAAGUUAUACAGGAGGCAAAGAUAAUACCAUUCUGAUACUGCAAGAAGAAACAUAUCUGUGUGUACACAACAAAAACUUGAUUGCAGGCAGAAUUUAAAAAGAGAGAAAAAAAUAAUCAGAUCCUUUAUGGUAUAGUCCACUUUGGCUAGCAUUCAUAUGCUUCAGAAGGGACCAUAACAUGUUUUUUUUUUUUUUUUUUUUAUAUAUAGUAGAUUUGAGUCCACAUACUAGUCCGUAUAUGACUGCAGUGUAGUGUUAAUUGUGUUCUAUGAACAUCUUCAAGUUAAGUGUUGAAGUUCGUCAGACUAUGUUUGAAUAGUGUGUAGAUUCCCCUUUUUUUUUUGUUUAGGUUGUUGUGGUGAAUUGACAGAUUACUUGGGGUACAUUGUUCAUUCCAUAUGGCUAGGUUUUUGUUUGUAUGUUUUCCUACUUUUAUUUUCACCUGGAUGGGAAUUAAACCACCAGAGGUCUUAAACUUUGUAGCUGAAUUUUAACCCACUGGGCUAUAUUGUCCCCUAGAAGUUUAAAAACACAUUGAUAGGAUUUUUGUACAUGCAAGUUUUGAGGUUGAAUAUCUGUUUAAUUCUUUCACAUGUACAUAUUAGUCCUUUAAAGUCAGGUGUGUUCAAAUACAAAUGAUUGUAGGCUUGUCUGAUCACCAUGUUUGUAUGGGACAUUUGUGUAUUCUCCAUUCUGUGAGGCAAGGCUGGAAUCUGCUGCCCGGCAAGACUUCGGCGUCAAAGUGCAAUUUGUGAAAAGUAAACAAAGCAGUCACUUUGAGGCCUCAUAAAUUAAUUUCACAUUGGGAGCUCAUUAAUUCCACAUACUGCUGGGCAGCACUUUUAAGAAGUCAAUGCUCAGCUGUGAAUCCCAUGGACUUGUCAGUGAUGUCCUGGGUUUCAUCUGAAGACACAGUAUUUGAGUACACUUUAUUUAGAGCAGGCAUAACUCUACCCCUUGUUACUUAACUGUAACUCAUAUGGUUCACUGCCCAUCUGUUGCAUUCAAAGAAUUCUGGAAGUUGUAGGCCAUCAACAUGUGUGGGUCCAGAGUUUGAGAUUCCUGAUUUAGAGGUAUAUUUUAUGUACAAGUGAUAGAUAAGAUUAUACUUAGUUGUUUGUUAUUUUGUUUGUUUUUCUUGGUAAAAUGUGAACACUAUUGUACAUAUAAACCUUCCUGGGGCCUAAACAGUCCUGCAAAUUGUCUGUCUUUGAGCUCUGUAUAUCUUUUUUCAUGUCUCUCUUUUUUUUGUUUUGUUUCAAAUGGGAAAAAAAAAAAAAUUCUAG